AUGCUGACCAUCACAGGGGAGAACCUGGGUCUGCAGUUCAAGGACAUCCAGACAGGUGUCCGUAUCGGCAAGGUGGCCUGCACUCCCGUGGAGGCCGAGUACAUCAGCGCUGAACAGUGAGUGACUCUUCCUCACUCCUUUUCUCUCUCUCUGUCUCUUUUACUGCUGCCUCUGUCCUCUGUUUUGAUGCAUUACCCUUUAUCUCUCUCCUGGUCUGUCUAUCCAUCCCUCCCUCCCCCUUCCUCCCCUGUUAGCCCUAUUUUAUAGUUAUCCCUUUGUCUCUCUUGCUCUCAGUCCACACAUGUUGCAGUCUCACCCUCGUCCGUUCCUCCUCUUUUAACCCAUUCUUCACAUUCUCUUACUUCCUGGUAUCCUAGGAGACUUAUCUGACUCACUUCCAUGUCUGGAGAGAUACAGAGCUCGCACAAACACCUUUUCAACCGUAUUCAAAUCAAGUUGACAUCAUAGACUCACACAGACUCGUAGUGUUUAGAGACAUAAAUGACAAAAGGAAAGCUGCAUUUCCCCAGUCAGCACAUAGGCCACCAACAAACAAACAUAUUGCUUGUGUCACUGUCAUGGGUAAUGUCACCGCCACAAUCACCUCCGUGCGCGAGGGGCUAACGCUUAACCCCUGUUACAAUUAGGGCGUGUUGCGUGAUGGCAAGGACGGUGGUGACGUCCGUUGGUCCACACACUGAAGUUGUCAGGGUAACUAAAAGUGAUGUUCUGCAAAUGGAGCGACUCUGGGGUGGCUGGCCGUGUCAUUUCCGUAACCCUGUCCGAGCCGUAAUGGAGGAGGUGUGUUAGGGUGCGGAGGUGGGUUACGGCAAUAUGUGUCAAAGGUUGAGGGUUAAAUGGUGUGGAGAUCGGAGGAAGGUCGUAGUGGAAUAAGGUCUGGUCAAGCUCAGCCCACACACACAGGUCACAUACAUCAUAGAUGCACACACACAAAGACAGUAAGUAAUGUGCACAUAUGCGAAAUGGAGUACACACACACACACACCAACAAAACCGUACUUCUCAUCAAGCUUCUUAAGCUCUCUGUUAUUUCACUUUGACUGCUUAACAUUCCCCUUGUCGUCACUGUAAUGAAUGUUAAUUAUCUGCUAAAAAGUCUACUAGCUGUAAUCAUUGUCCCUCCCUGUGUGAGACCAAACAAAUAAACAAUUGCAUCGGAAUGCGGACGUCAUCGCUGCAGCGGUGGAGAGCGGUUGCCGUGGCCACCUGCAGCGAGGACAAAAGCAGCAGAGUUAAUAACUCAUCACAGGCGGGGGGGGGGGCUGCAACGAGAUGGGAAGGAUACGAGCUUGUUCAAUUAAUCACCCCCCUCCUCCACUUAAACCCAGCUCUCUCUCUCUCUCGCUCUUUUUUUCCUAUUGCGCUCUCUCUCUCUCUUUUUCCUAUUGCGCUCUCUCUUUCUCUCUCUCUCUCUCUUUUCCUCUCGUUCUAUUUGGCUAAUUAACAGUCUGGAGUGUCUGAGGCGGGUGAAACAUGAGGUCUAGGGCUAUGUCUGUGUGUGCACAAUCCUUUAUGUGUGUGUGUGUGGUAUUUGUGCGCAGAUUACUGACAUGUGCCCAUGUGUGUGUUCCUGCCCGCGGUGCCCAACCUCCUCAGACGCUCGUCCUCUGCUUCAAUCAUUUCUAAAAUGGAUUUGGCCAGCCGCCGCCCAAGGCCAAACACAAGGCUUAUGGGGUUAUAAUAUCCUCUAAUACUGUCGUAGAGAAACAAAAUGGAGCCUCUCUCUCCUAUCGUACCUCUCCAGGUACAUGUCAUCACCAUCACACACUCUAUCCCAGCUAUGGAUAUUGGCAGGGCUAUUGCUAUACUCUGUGUGGCUUGGUUACCCUUGGACUAAUGCUGUGGAUAGGUCAAUGGCUAUGAUGAUCAUAUUUGUAGUGUCACUCACCAACUCUCUCUCUCUCUCUCUCUCUCUCUCAGGAUCGUGUGUAAGCUGGCUGAUGCGACAGGUUACCGAGUGCAAGAGGCUCACGUGGAAGUGUGUGUGAGGGACUGCACACACACUGACUACAAAGCCAUCUCACCCAAGGCCUUCACUUUUGUGGUAAGCCCCAAUCAGACCUGUGCUGAAUUGUCCUUCUGUAAUGUUGUGUCCUUUCAUCAUAGGAAAAACAACAGUUGAUCCCAGAACAAAUUAAUUCCUGACUCAUGUUGAUAUAUUCCUCUUCCCCAGUCUCCCUACUUCACGCGUGUGCAGCCCUCCAAAGGCCCCCUCUCGGGGGGCACCCACAUCACCAUCGAGGGGAGCCACCUCAAUGCAGGCAGCGCUGUGGCCGUCAAGAUCGGCCUCCACAACUGUUCCUUCGAGAGGUGAGCUCUCUGACAACCCUGCUCGCACACAUUGUAACAAUGACUGUUGCGUUUAGUGCUACAUUGCUAACUAUAUUGGUUUAUUGAUGUUAUGGCAAUGAAAAACCAGCAUUUUUGAUGCAAAUGACAGCCCACCAUUUGUGAUGGAAAUUACUUGUUACAGGUAUGACUUGCCUUCAUUUGUUUUGGGAAUGACUGCCCACAAUUUCUGUUGGGAAUGACUUCCUCUGUUACGGGGAUGACCAACCUCUGUUUGUAUGGAUUUUACUUGUUUGCUUUCCAUUGAAGACGAAUGAUCUAGAAUUAGGGUUUCAAAAUACUCUACAUGAAUCACGUUUCCCCUUUGUGCUAUAUGUUACGGGCUGGGUAAAUUCUCCAACACUCUACAGGACAUUCCAAUAAGCUAGAAAGGUGAGAAGUCUGUUCUUCUGCAGCUCUCUGUCUCCAUAGUCUUUCAUGGUGAAACAAACGCUCGCACGCACACAUAUAUAUACACACACACACACACACGAACUCGCAGCAUACCGUGCACUCAUCGAAAGCCUCAAAUGAACACGUGUUAGCAGAUGGCGGGGACACCUCACAGAAGAACGAGUGCCUGGUUAACACCUCUCUUAGAAGAGGGUUGGGAAUUUCUCCGAAAUGUAGAAAGCAAAAAAAAAAAAAGAACUGAAUGAGAGGAGAACAUGGGAGAAGACAAUCAAACAUUCCUCACCAUAGUAAAAAACCCUGGAUAUACCCAUACAUUUAUCUUGCAACGCAGACGGUAGUUUUCCCGGAACAAUUAGCUUUAGAUGUAAUUGUGCACAAGGCACUAUCAACAUGAUUGGUGGUUGGCAUAUAGACAGCCAUAUGUGACAUGGUUUAUACAAGAGGCAUAUAUGCAUGCAGCAAUGGCAUCUGUUGAUAUUAGGGAAACAUGUUGAGCUAAAACCUUGACUUGCUCUGAAAAGAGAGCUGCUGUCUUUGAUAUAGUAUUAGGAUUACCAAUAAUAGUAUGAUAUAAUUUGAUGAUAAUAACGGUAGUAUAAUAUGAUAAUAUACUGUAUGAUAGGCUACAUAUUGAGCUGUUUUGGUCCAGUCACAUGGGGCUCAUCUCAAUAGUCAAAAGGUCCCUUCCUCAUCUCCUCUCCUCACCUUCAUCUGAACUGAUCUGAAAACACAGGAUAGGUGAAUUCAAGGUGAUGGAUUCCCAACGGAGGUUUGAUGCCACCUUGUCUAGUUCAUAGCGGUGCAGAUGAAGACAAGGAGACGAGGAGAGGAAGCCACUCUAGACUAUUGAGAUGCAAACCUGGAACAGCACAUACAUAGCAUACAUAGCACUGUCCUUUCAGACACACUCUAGCAUAGCAACGCUCUAUGUCUCUAAAGUAAUGGACUUGGAAAGCGUUCUCUCUUUUUCGCGCAUCACGUCCAAAUGUUUUUUCUUUCAUCUCCAAGUUCAACGCGGCUGCUUUAAUCAAAGCCUAUUUCCCCUAGUCAUUCAGGCACUUAUCUCCCUCUGAAACCUUUAUUCCCACUCUCUCUCUCUCCCAAACCCCCAUUCUUUUGAUCCAGUUGACAACAACCUUGUCAAAAUAUGUACGGCGGAGCGCGAGUGUCGCCGGCGAGUGUUGUGAAAGCGGUUGCCCGGGCAACGCAGUGCUGCGAGCGGAAUGUGGAAAAGGCACAUUACUUUUUUAUUUUUCGUUCCCUUCUUGUCCGUACACCUUUCAGCGGAGCCCUGGAAGACGGGUCGUUUAAAUUGCUUCUUACAAGACCGCAGGGAUGGGCUCGCAGAAAAGCAUCCUAGCUUAUUUUCCCUUCCACUUAGUUCCCCCUCAGCUGUUGUCGUCUCGCUAAUAUUUCUUCCCUCUUUCCUCUCCUCUCUCUCCUCUCAGUUUCUGGUUCAUAACAGAUGGGAUUUAUGUACGAAAUAGUCGUUGUGUAGGAUAGGAAAGUGAGUGCACUCAUCACACACACUCAUGCACACACCAAUGUGUGUUUGCACGCGCGCCAUACAUGUGCGUCCGUUCACAUGCAUUCUACAGAAUCACGCAAACACCCACACAUUUAUCCUAAUAUGUAUACUCGCAGGAUCACUUACAUUAUGCAGAUGUACAAACACGGCAGCCUUCUGCUGUCUUCUUUGCCAACACAAAAACAUUUAAUCAGAGGAGAUGGAAGUAGAGUGCAAAGUUUGUCGAACUAACCCGAACCGCAAAACUUUCAUAACGCAGCACAGCUGGCUAGGUGUCUGAGGGGGUUGCAUCAUCUAGUGAUGACCGGCGUUCUCUGGGAAUCUGCCACUCCAGAUCGGCCAGGGAGAGAGAGAGCAGAGAGAGCAGGUCUUUGAAGCCAUAGCUCUGUGAAAGUCUGUCUGACGAAACCACCGUCUGUUGGACUGAAAGCACUGGGGCUCUCGGCACUCUUAAAGUUUGUGUGUGUGUGUAUGACAUACUCUUCCCUUAAUGUCAAAUACACGUAUCACACGGUGACAUACUAUACGAUACUUUAUUGUCCAUUUUUAUUGAAAUUCUUCGUGUUCCUUCUUCAUGUAACACACUCCCUCUGCCCUUCCAGGCGGAGUGCCAGGGAGAUAGUGUGUGUGACCCCAGCGGGUCAGACUCCUGGCGGUACCCCCGUCAUGGUGGACAUCAACUCAGCUGAGCUCAGGAACCCAGAGGUCAAGUUCAACUACACUGAGGACCCCACCAUCCUCAAGAUCGAACCUGACUGGAGUAUUGCAAGGUGAGUGGGAACCAGUUGGAACUGGGCCUGUAUCCACAAAGCAUCUCGGAGACAAGUGCUGAUAGAGGAUCUGUCUAUAUAAUCAUUAUGAUCUAAGAUGCAACACCGAUCCUAGAUCAGCACUCCUAAUCUGAGACGGUUUGUGGACACAGGCCUUGGUCUGAAACUAGUCUUAACCGGUCUUAACAGAUUGCUUUAGAUCUUUUGAUGGACAUUUUGAUUUUAAUUGUAUUUGGAGAUGUGAGAGGAUUUGAUAGGUGUAAGGCAAGGAAUGUGGCACUAGCUCCCUCUUGCAACUAUAUUGCUUAGACCUAUCCAGUCGUCUCAGAUCUCCACAAGUGCACAGCAGCUAGGGGUUUAUUUGGGAUUGGGCGUUAGUCUUAGCACUGAGCCAAGUAUGCUGUAGGCACACUUCAUUUUCAUACACAGUAUCGAGAGAGAUCAAACACGCAGGCGCUGGAAUUUUUUACCAAACUAUUUCCCCCUGAAAACUGAUACAACAGCUAAUCUUUGCUGAAAAUGGACUUGAAAGCCGCUGGUAGUUUGUAUUGCAGUCGACGCAAAGACUGUAUAAAUAUUGUCUGACUUAUUCAAAUGAGACAAUGUAGUGAGCCAGUUUGCCACGGGAAUAUUUAUGAACAAACACAAGCUGUGUACAGAGCAGGAAGUGGAUUCCGAUGCAAAACGGGCUUGAUAGAUUGACCUAGAAAAACUGAGUUGGUGUUCAUUGCUCAGGCAGGCAGGCAGAUAGCACACUGUUGAUGCUCCCUAAAAUAGUAAUGUGGCCUUCUAUCAACUCAAACAGUCUAAUUCACUGAAGUAAUAUAUUUCUGGAACACCUUCUAUAGGCCACCUGUCUUGUAAUGCAUUAUAAAGACAUUAUACAGUGGGGAGAACAAGUAUUUGAUACACUGCCGAUUUUGCAGGUUUUCCUACUUACAAAGCAUGUAGAGGUCUGUAAUUUUUAUCAUAGGUACACUUCAACUGUGAGAGACGGAAUCUAAAACGAAAAUCACAUUGUAUGAUUUUUAAGUAAUUAAUUUGCAUUUUAUUGCAUGACAUAAGUAUUUGAUCACCUACCAACCAGUAAGAAUUCCGGCUCUCACAGACCUGUUCGUUUUUCUUUAAGAAGCCCUCCUGUUCUCCACUCAUUACCUGUAUUAACGGCACCUGUUUGAACUCGUUACCUGUAUAAAAGACACCUGUCCACACACUCAAUCAAACAGACUCCAACCUCUCCACAAUGGCCAAGACCAGAGAGAUGUGUAAGGACAUCAGGGAUACAAUUGUAGACCUGCACAAGGCUGGGAUGGGCUACAGGACAAUAGGCAAGCAGCUUGGUGAGAAGGCAACAACUGCUCCAUGCAAGAUCUCACCUCGUGGGUCAUCAAUGAUCAUGUGGAAGGUGAGGGAUCAGCCCAGAACUACACGGCAGGACCUGGUCAAUGACCUGAAGAGAGCUGGGACCACAGUCUCAAAGAAAACCAUUAGUAACACACUACGCCGUCAUGGAUUAAAAUCCUGCAGCGCACGCAAGGUCCCCCUGCUCAAGCCAGCGCAUGUCCAGGCCCGUCUGAAGUUUGCCAAUGACCAUCUGGAUGAUCCAGAGGAGGAAUGGGAGAAGGUCAUGUGGUCUGAUGAGACAAAAAUAGAGCUUUUUGGUCUAAACUCCACUCGCCGUGUUUGGAGGAAGAAGAAGGAUGAGUACAACCCCAAGAACACCAUCCCAACCGUGAAGCAUGGAGGUGGAAACAUCAUUCUUUGGGGAUGCAAAGGGGACAGGACGACUGCACUGUAUUGAGGGGAGGAUGGAUGGGGCCAUGUAUCGCAAGAUCUUGGCCAACAACCUCCUUCCCUCAGUAAGAGCAUUGAAGAUGGGACGUGGCUGGGUCUUCCAGCAUGACAACGACCUGAAACACACAGCCAGGGCAACUAAGGAGUGGCUCCGUAAGAAGCAUCUCAAGGUCCUGGAGUGGCCUAGCCAGUCUCCAGACCUGAACCCAAUAGAUAAUCUUUGGAGGGAGCAGAAAGUCCGUAUUGCCCAGCGACAGCGCCGAAACCUGAAGGAUCUGGAGAAGGUCUGUAUGGAGGAGUGGGCCAAAAUCCCUGCUGCAGUGUGUGCAAACCUGGUCAAGACCUACAGGAAACGUAUGAUCUCUGUAAUUGCAAACAAAGGUUUCUGUACCAAAUAUUAAGUUCUGCUUUUCUGAUGUAUCAAAUACUUAUGUCAUGCAAUAAAAUGCAAAUUAUUUACUUAAAAAUCAUACAAUGUGAUUUUCAGGAUUUUUGUUUUAGAUUCCAUCUCUCACAGUUGAAGUGUACCUAUGAUAAAAAUUACAGACCUCUACAUGAUUUUUAAGUAGGGAAACCUGCAAAAUCGGCAGUGUAUCAAAUACUUGUUCUCCCCACUGUAGUUAUUUAUUAUAAGGGACAUUUCAACACAUCAACUCGGAAAUCAUAAUUAUUUUUAAAGUGACCCCCGAUGUCAUCAUAAGGGGUCCUUUUCCUUGUAUAUCUUUGACUACAUAAAGAAAGAUUGCAUUUUCACAUAUUUAGAAGCUGGUAGGGUGCUGCUGGACAUAAUAGAUAUUAGUUUAAAAAGUGGUGAAGUGCCCCUUUAAUAUGCAUUUAUGGUCUCUUAUAAGGACCCAUAGAAGAUUGAAAAUCAAGUUCAAUGAAGAGUGGAUCCAGGUGAGGAAACAACUUGCUGGAGCACUCACAUGGUAUAAGGCACUCAAACUCAACUCUGGACAUCGAAGCAGGUCCAUUGCUUUUGUAAUUGUUCCCCUCUAAUCAGGGACUGAUUUAGACCUGGGACACCAGGUGUGUGCAAUGAAUUAUCAGGUAGAACAGAAAACCAGCAGGCUCCAGACCUCGUAAGGUAAGAGCUGAAUACCACUGGUAUAGGGAGGUUGUAGUUGCCCUUCGAUGCUGAUGUUGGGUCAGUUUAGCAUUUUCCACACUGAUGGUUAGGAUUGGGGGAGGGGGAGGGGAAUCUGAUCUGUACCUAGGGCAUCUUCUAGAUCUGUACCUAGGGGAAACUUCAUCCUGGAGCUGAAUAGGCCAUGUAGCUUAGAGACUAGGUAGGCUAUACACAGUGCUUUUUUAAUAGGGUAGGUGGGAGAAAAAAGCAGCAACUAAUUGGUAAAAUGGCUACCCUGGAGAAGUAGGCACAAAGUAUUUAAGUGCCUUCCAUUCAGCGACCGGAUGAUUGGCAGCUGCGUUUCAAGAUGAUUGGCAGCUGCGUUUCAAGGGCACCCAAACAGACAUGAUGCCGCCAGACAGAAAAUGUCCGCCAGUCGCCAGAAGGAACGGGACAAACCACUAUGGAGGCAUCACGAGGGGAUAGUAGAGGUGAAAAUAGGAGAAGCGUUUUAAUCUCCGUAGGGGCGGAGAGACGAUCGACAGACUCGACACAUGACAGAGGCGUGAGUAGGCGCGCGGUCUCAUUUGGAACAGAGGUGUGAAAUGAAGGAGGAAGAAGUAGAAAGAAGGAUGAAAAGGUGUUAGUGUUGCUAGUGUUAUCCUCAGGAGGGAACGUGACCUCACUGCCUCGCUCGUUAUUUGGUGUUUUUCUCACCGCUCCCAGAGGAUUUGCUGUUUCUCCUCGUGGCCAAUCACGACUUGUGUGUACGUCGCAAAAGCAAUUUUGGCGCCGCAUCCCCUCCGGCAACCUUUUUCCCACGUCCGCUACAAACAAUAACGGUGGUUACAACACACGUCCACCACACAACGUUGGUUAAAAAUACAGAGGGUGACACAACUCACUUGUUACUUUUCAGCUUGUGCUGGGACACUGACAAUCUCCCUGUGCUAACCUCGCAGUGACAAAACAGCAGAGCAGAGAUGGAAUGGGUUAAAGAGAUGCCUUGUUGUUCUCGCUACAUUUUCACAACGUCACCUGCAAUCAGUACACUUUGCAAUCAAUAGUUGUUAACUCCUACCAAGUGCCACUCUUAGUUACCACACAACACCUUGCCUCUUGAGUGGUGUUUUAUCGACCCCUGUGUCUGUAACAAGCAUUUGCUUGAGUGUCUUUACACAGAUGAGCAUGUGGGCCUAGGACAAGUUACCUUGCAUGCUUACUGAUUCAACCCUGUCACAUUGCGUCAUGUCAGUCUGGUUUAGAGAGUUCAGCCUCCCGUGGUUGAGAGGGGGUGUCUUGGGGGACGUGACUCUUGCCCAUGUUACUCUUGUCCUUAUUGGUGAUUGUCAGGUGAAUCGGAAAGGUCAAAUGGUGAAAAGCUCAGAAAACCAGCAAUUCCACAGUCUGGGUCAGGGCUGGGCGAUAUAUCAAAUUAAUUAGAUGAAUUCAAAUGUAUGUUUUUGUGCAGAAUCAUUUUUUUGUGGGUAUUUUUCGUUUUUAUGAGCGUUUAUGUCCGCUUUUUCUCAUGUUGUCUUUUUGGUCUCGUUUGCUCCUUCUGUGCUGUGCACCUUCCCAUUUACACCAGAGAUCAGUAAAUGACGAGAUGGUCGUGUCUUCGCCCUAACAAUGGGAGUCGUUGUCCCAAAGGCAUGAAGGCAGGCGACAAGCUUAGGUUCAAAAUAAGCGCAUAGAAACGCAUUGGGCUUAUUUUGGACAGAUUUUGGCGAGAGCGAAACCUCUCGCUUCGCCUCUUUCUCCCAAGCCCCUCCCCCUACCACUCAACAACAACAAAGAUGAGAGAUCACUUCUUCCUCUCUGACAAACGGUUUAAACUCGCUAUUUGCAUUUGAGGUUUGGUCCAACAGAAUCAGUCAGAUGGACACCGAAACACAUGGAGGAGAAGUUAAUCUUUCGGACCAUACCCUGUUUAUGUUUCAACUCCACAAAUUUCGAGCAGAGCAGACACUACUAAAAUGGAUGUAUCAAUGAACAUUAAUUCUGGAAAAUGUAUGCUCAGUUUGUCCCACACGCAUUACGGUACCACGUAUCGCUAGCAGCAUUUUAGUCAAAUAAAGAUAGCUAUACUAGCUGUUUAGUCUGUGUUAUAUAUAAGGAAUUGGCAACUCGUUCUCAUUCUGAGAAAUAAGGUAGGCCACUUGAUUUCAACAUCUGAACAAAGUAAACAAACAGUUGGAGACGGACAGAAGGUUGCGUUUAUAACAAUUCAACUGUUUUGCCUUGUUAGCUGAAUUCAGAGCUUGUGAAAUUAUACCUAGAUUCAAGUUGGCUAAACUUGAAAUAUACACUACUGGUCAAUUUUUUGAACACCUACUCAUUCAAGGGGUUUUCUUAAUUUUUUAAAACUAUUUUCAACUUUGUUGAAUAAUAGUGAAGACAUCAAAACUAUGCAAUAACACAUAUGGAAUCAUGUAGUAAACAAAAAAGUGUUAAACAAAUCAAAAGAUAUCUUCAAAUAGCCACCCUUUUCCUUGAUGACAGCUUUGCACACUCUUGGCAUUCUCUCAACCAGCUUCACCUGGAAUGCUUUUCCAACAGUCUGGAAUGAGUUCCGAUAUAUGCUGAGCACUUGUUGGCUGCUUUUCCUUCACUCUGCGGUCCGACUCAUCCCAAACCAUCUCAAUUUGGUUGAGGUCGGGGGAUUGUGGAGGCCAGGUCAUCUGAUGCAGCACUCCAUCACUCUCCUUCUUGGUAAAAUAGCCCUUACACAGCCUGGAGGUGUGUUGGGUCAUUGUCCUGUUGAAAAACAAAUGAUAGUCCCACUAAGCCCAAACCAGAUGGGAUGGCGUAUCGCUGCAGAAUGCUGUGGUAGCCAUGCUGGUUAAGUGUGCCUUCAAUUCUAAAUAAAUCACAGACAGUGUCACCAGUAAAGCACCCCCACACCAUAACACCUCCUCCUCCAUGCUUUACGGUGGGAAAUACACAUGCAGAGAUAAUCCGUUCACCCACAUCGCGUCUCACAAAGACAUGGCGUUGGAACCAAAAAUCUCAAAUUUGGACUCCAGACCAAAGGACACAUUUCUACCAGUAUAAUGUCCAUUGCUCGUGUUUCUUGGCCCAAGCAAGUCUCUUCUUAUUUUUUGGUGUCCUUUUGUAGUGGUUUUCUUUGCAGCAAUUCGACCAUGAAGGCCUGAUUCACAAAGUCUCCUCUGAACAGUUGAUGUUGAGAUGUGUCUGUUACUUGAGCUCUGUGAAGCAUUUAUUUGGGCUGCAAUUUCUGAGGCUGGUAACUCUAAUUAACUUAUCCUCUGCAGCAGAGGUAACUCUGGCUCUUCCAUUCCUGUGGCGGUCCUCAUGAGAGCCAGUUUAAUCAUAGCACUUGAUGGUUUUUGCGACUGCACUUGAAGAAGCUUUCAAAGUUUUUGAAAUUUUCCGGAUUGACUGACCUUCAUGUCUUAAAGUAAUGAUGGACGGUCGUUUCUCUUUCCUUAUUUGAGCUGUUCUUGCCAUAACAUGGACUUGGUCUUUUACCAAAUAGGACUAUCUUCUGUACUUUUUCCACAUUUUGUUAUGUUACAGCCUUAUUCUAAAAUGGAUUAAAUAGAUUAUAUCCCUCAUCAAUCUACACACAAUACCAGAUAAUGAGAAAGCAAAAACUGGUUUAGAAAUUAUAAUGGAAAAGUAUAUAAACUGGGGGAAAAAAACACAUUUGCGUAAGUAUUCAGACCCUUUACUCAGUACUUUGUUGAAGCACCUUUGGCAGCGAUUACAGCCUCGAUUGGCACACCUGUAUUUGGGGAGUUUCUCCCAUUCUUCACUGCAGAUCCUCUCAAGCUCUGUCAGGUUGGAUGGGGAUCGUCGCUGUACAGCUAUUUUCAGGUCUCUCCAGAGAUGUUAGAUCGGGUUCAAGUCUGGGCUCUGGCUGGGCCACUUAAGGACAUGCAGAGACUUGUCCCGAAGCCACUCCUGCUUUGUCUUGGCUGUGUGCUUAGGGUCGUUGUCCUCUUGGAAGGUGAACCUUCGCCCCAGUCUGAGGUCCUGAGUGCUUUGAAGCAUGUUUUCACCAAGGAACUCUCUGUACUUUGCUCCGUUCAUCUUUCCCUCGAUCGUGACUAGUCUCCCAGUCCCUGCCGCUGACAAACAUCCCCACAGCAUAAUGCUGCCACCACCAUGCUUCACCGUAGGGAUAGUGCCAGGUUUUCUCCAGACAUGACGCUUGGCAUUAAGGCCAACGAGUUCAAUCUUGGUUUCAUCAGACUCUCAUGGUCUGAGAGUCUUUAGGUGCCUUUUGGCAAACUCCAAGCAGGCUGUCAUGUGCCUUUUACUGAGGAGUGGCUUCCGUCUGCCCACUUUACCAUAAAGGCCUGAUUGGUGGAGUACUGCAGAGAAGGUUGUCCUUCUGGAAGGUUCUCCCAUCUCCACAGAGGAACUCUAGAGCUCUGUCAGAGUGACCAUCAGGUUCUUGGUCACCUCCCUGACCGAGGCCCUUCUACCCCGAUUGCUCAGUUUGGCCGGGCGACCAGCUCUAGGAAGAGUCUUGGUGGUUCCAAACUUCUUCCAUUUAAGAAUGAUGGAAGCCACUGUGUUCUUGGGGACCUUCAAUGCUGCAGAAAUUUUUUAGUAUCUUACCCCAGAUCUGUGCCUCGACACAAUCCUGUCUCGGAGCUUUACGGACAAUUCCUUCGACCUCAUGGCUUGGUUUUUACUCUGACAUGCACUGUCAACUGUGGAACCUUUAUAUAGACAGGUGUGUGCCUUUAAAAAUAAUGUCCAAUCAAUUGAAUUUACCACAGCUAAAUCAAGUUGUAGAAACAGAAAGGAUGAUCAAUGGAAACAGGAUGCACCUGAGCUCAAUUUCUAGUCUCGUAGCAAAGGGUCUGAAUACUUAUGUAAAUAAGGUAUUUAUGUUUCUUUUUUCUUUUUUUCUUUGUCAUUAUGGGAUAUUGUGUGUAGGUUGAUAAAACAAUUAUUAAAACAAUUAUAUUUUAGAGUAAGGCUGUAACAUAACAAAAUUUGGAAAAAGUGAAGGGGUCUGAAUACUUUCCAAAUGCACUGUAUAUCAUGAAUCGCCCAUAAAUUUGAAAAAAUUGAGAUAUUAGUUUUACGCCAUAAUCGCCUGGCCCUAGUCUGUGUGUGUAAGCUUUUGUUCCAGCCCAGCACUAUCACACCUGUUUCAAAUAACGAAGUAGUCAUGUUUUAUAACCAGCUAGUAUGGACGACUGUGACGAAGUUGGCCGUUAUCUCAUGCACAUAAAAAGGCUUCUUAAAGUAAGGAACAGUUUUACUCCAAUGGAGAAUUUAUUUGACUAAAUAGAUAAAUACAACAACGAUUAAAAUCAGGACAUGAACUAAAAGGCUAAAACAAGGAUAAAAGGUUGAGAGCAUAAAAUCUAGCCAACAUGCUGUCCUCUACCCUUGCUUUCCACCCCCAACUGCCUCUCUCCCCUAAAUACAUAUACACCUGUAUUCAAUCAACUCAAAUUGGUGGGAGGGGCUUAUCGUAUACAAUUAGCCAAUCCUGAUUCUAAACACAAAUUCCUUUAACACACUUAACUGCUGCAGGUGAAAUGGUGGAAAAAACAUGUUAACUAUGGCAGGAUAUGAAAUGUGACUGAAAAAUAGGGCCCUAUAACAGAAACAUUUAACACACACACACACUGGGGAAUGUAUGAGUCUUUAGAUGAGGAUGUGCCAUCUUAUAAUAAUAAUAAUAAUAAUAUGCCAUUUAGCAGACGCUUUUAUCCAAAGCGUCUUACAUUCGUGCGUGCAUACAUUUUUUGUGUAUGGGUGGUCCCGGGGAUCGAACCCACUACCUUGGCGUUACAAGCGCCGUGCUCUACCAGCUGAGCUACAGAGGACCACAGAUAUGAUAACUAACCUGGAUUUGCAAGUUAGGUAGCUAGCUAGCAUUCAGGGGCUUGGUCUGCUAACCCAAAACAACAUGCCUGUUCUCAUAAAAGUCGAUUGUAUAUUUUCAAGGGCAAAAAUAAAUGAAGGAUGGUACUUGUCUACUACAAAUAUACACUGAACAAAAAUAAUAACUAUUUAAAUAACGGUCGGGCUUCGACCCCUGUUAUCAUAUAAGACAUGGAAGAAUUUGCAGAAUUGCUGGAAAUGAGCUUGAAAACAGCAAACAAAUUCUCUGCCCAAUGCAAAAUGUGUAGAAUUGCAGGAAAUUAGCUUUAAAACUGCAACAUUUUCUCUCCUCCAACAAGAGGGGUGUGAACAGUUUGGGGUUGCAUGGGUUGCGAGGUGGGAGUUUGUUACUACGCCGAUUAAUGACAACAUCCAUCCAGACCUUUGCCACCUAGGACAUUUCUGUGACCGGACCUUCUCAAAUAGUACUCGAGUACCCCUGCUCUAUAUAGUGCACUACUUUAGACAAGAGCCCUUGGGCCCAUUUAGUACCCGCCCUCUGCCUUAUGUAAUCUUAUAAAAAACAGGAAUGACAGGUAAGUGCCCUUGUUCAAUAUUUUGAUGCGAUCGAACAGUGAAUGGGAUUAUGGCUUUGUUAUUGUAAUGUUUAAGGGUGUAUGUGCUGUUAUGGGUGUUGUUGUUGAUGGUUUCCUCUUUUUCAGUGGCGGGACGCUGUUGACCAUCACUGGCACCAACCUGGCUACCAUCAAAGAGCCCAAGAUGAGAGCCAAGUACGGGAAAGCCCAAUCUGUUAACGUGAGUACUACUGACCCAACACGCCUACAAACUGCACGCAUGCACAUGCACACAGUCUUGUAUAGCUAACCUUGUGAGGACACAAAAUUCAGUCCCAUUCAAAAUCCUAUUUUCCCUAACCCUAAACGUAACCCUAACCUUAUCUCCAAAACCUAACCUUAACCCUACCCCUGAACCUAACCCUAGCUCCUAACCCUUCAUCUAACUCCUAAACCUAAUUCUAAAUCUAACCCUAAAACUAAUUCUAACCUUAACCCUAAGCCCCCCUUGUGGGUACUAACAAUGUCCCCAGUUGGUCAAAUUUGUAUUUGUUUACUAUUCUUGUGGGGACUUCACAAGUAUAGUUAAACACGUCCAGGCAAACAGAUGCGCACACACACACACCUGACCCGGUGGUCACCCAGCCCAGGGCCUAUUUAUGGGUGUGUGUACGUGUGUGUUUUUUAUGGUGAAUCUCCUUUUAGCAGGUUAACCUUUGAAAUGUCAACCAGAAAUAAACCUGGGCUGUCUGGUAAAUCCCUCUAUCCCUCCGUCACCUAGCACCACAGGGCUAGGCUAACCUUUUCUCUUUUAGUCUACCCUCCCCCAUCCCCCUCUCUCUCUCUCUACCUGCACAAAAUAUCCCAGACCAAAACAAAGCGUGUUUUCCUGCUUUUUCCCUCUUCCGUGUCACCACUUUUAUCCGUCUUCCCUUUUCAUCUGUCUUCCGUGUUUGCCCCGUGCAAUUUCAGACUUCGUUAGCAUACGCUAGCUAAUGCACUGUGAUUACUUGGCAUGCCAGAGGGAGGUUGGAUGGUAUGUUGGGGAAAAGUAGAGCAGUGAGACGACCCAAACGUUUCCAAAGCAUGCUUUUAGGAUUGUUUGUUAGCAUGUUAGCAUCAGUCCCGCUAACCCUUGGAUAUGCCCUUACUGUCUCAGUCGCUCUGCAUUAAUGGAAGCGGGGAAUGUUUAGCCCACAGGGGCAAACAGCAGGAGAUGGUAUUGGCUUUUUUUGUUUUGUUAUGUUUUUGUUUACAUUUUUGUUUAGAUUAUGAAAGCUAUGACUUCACUGUACAUAAUGAACCUAUCCACUGUCCUCUCUCAGCACUGAUGUUACUCAGAUUAUUAGGCUUUUAUUAUGUCAGUGUACUGUUACAUAAUGAAUUUAUCCACCGUUCCCUUUUUUGUUUUGUUGUGUUUUUUCUACAUUUUGUUAGCAUUUUUAUUUACAUUAUGGAAGCUAACAUUUAAAUGUAAUCGUAUGUACAUAAUGAACUUAUCCAUCCUCUCGCUCUCUUCUUCUUCAGAACUGCACAGUGCUUAACAACACGGUGAUGGUGUGUCUGGCGCCCUCUGUGGCUGUCUCGGAGAAGGGCUUCUCCGAGACGGGCAGCGGUCCCGAUGAGAUCGGCUUCAUCAUGGACAACGUGCACACCACACUGGUGGUCAACGAGACUUUCAGCUUCUACCCGGACCCUGUGAUAGAGCCGCUUAGCUCCACGGGCCUGCUGGAGCUCAAACCCAGCUCCCCACUCAUCCUCAAGGUGAGACUGAUGGAGAUUGAAGCCCAGGGUGGGGGAGGAGGGUCCAGCAAUGUAGAGUGGGGCCCAGGGUGGGGGAAGGUCCCAGGGUGGAGUAGGGGGAUUCUGAGGAAGCUACCAGGGUGGAGUGUUAUUCUAUGGAGCGUGGGGCCAAGGGUGGAGGAGCAUUAAAGAGAUAAAAAAUCUCUCCCAGGGAGGAGAGAUGACACUGUAUGAAUGCCGCCAGGUUCAAUUGUAACCAUCAAACUGUAGACUUCAAUCUCACCAACCGACUCAACUUAGAAAAGCUGCGUCCAAUAUAUUUAGAAAAUGACAUUGAUAGAAAUUUGAAUUGCCCUCUCUCUUAAAACAUUCCAUCGGAAAUGGUCGUCCUAUUUAUUUGUUUCAUACCACCCUUUGAGCUAUUGCCUUUUCAAAAGAACGCUUUGAGACUCGACAUCACCUUAAAAGGCGCUACCUGUGCCGUUCCCUGCUGUGAUAGGGCGAGAGCACUUUGAAAAGUAUCAUCCAAAUACACCACAGAUAUGCCACUUGCCCCUGUUCCCCAAUCAGAUAUCUUCAGAGCAAGUUCACAGCCAAAUGUUCACUUUAUACCAGAGGCAUUCUCAACGGCUUUGAAUCCCUCUCGCGCUUAUAUCCUGACUCACUUAUUUUGUCAUCUCUCCUUGAACUUCAAAGCCGGUCCUCUGAAGAAAACUCCACCGUGAUACUGUAUAUCAUGGAUAUUUUAUAUGAAAUAAGCUUUAUUUUCCUUAUAGCCAAUCAGAAACGAUCUGGGGAGUUGAGAAAAUUGUGACCCUCACAGUUUAAAUAAAGAUUCCAUAAUGAACCCUACAACCCUUUGAUUGCUGCGUCUUCCGUUUCUCUGAGAAGCCGGAAAAUAAGGAACGGGAAUGGUGGUGGGGGGAACACAUAAAUCCGGCAUCCUAUUAAAUAAUUGUGGAUAAAUUAGAUGUGCAUCAGAUUUUCCAAGCAAUUAAUUCCUCUCCCUGCAAAGCCUUGUGGAUAAGGGGGAGGUGAGGGGGGGGGGGGGGUGGAGACGUGUGUUUGGAGGGUUUAUUUACCCCUCUAAUUGGUUCCCUCUCGGCCAAUGAGACACAGCGAAAGCCCCCAUCAGGCUCAACUAAACGCCACCAGAAUCCCAGAUCCCAUAUCGCUAGAUCUUGACUUUACUAAAGAACCGCUUGUGGGUAAUAAGGCCUUGCUACAGUAUCUGUGGAAUUAGAACUCGAUCAUCAGAAAUCACACCCUAUAUGUAUGAUUAAGUAGGUAUGCACAUGAAUGAUGGUUAGAGGUGAGAGUGUGUGUGUGUGCGUGCAUGCUUGCGUGUACACAAUAUAUGUGUGUGUGUUGAGUUUGUGUUGUGUGUGCACAUGCGUACCUAUGCAUUUUCCUGAGCUCUGUCUCGGUCUCUCUCCUAGGGUAAGAACCUAAUCCCGGCGGCCCCUGGUAACUCUCGUCUCAACUACACAGUGCUGAUCGGAGACACACCCUGUGUCCUCACCCUGUCAGAGAGCCAGCUGCUCUGUGAGUGGCCCAACCUCACCGGAGAACACAAAGUCACCGUAAGUACUCUACACUACCCUCUUUGACUUUGGGUUGGGUUGUGUAGAGUUGGGUUGUGCUGUGUGUCGUCUUAUGCGUUAUUGGAUCACACUGUAUCAUAAUCACGUUUCAUCUCUCUGGUUUUCACUCUUUACUUCCUCCUUCUGUUCUAUACUAUUUCAAUAUAACAUGACAAUCCUGUCUCCUCUUUUCUCAUAUCAUAUGUCCUCUAUUCUUUCCUCUUAUCUCUUGCCACUUCCUGUCUAGAGGCAGUUCAAAGGAAGAGGAGAGGAGAGGGAGAGAGAAUUAGAAGGAUGGACUUUUUUAUUCUCUUCCUGUCUUCCUGUCUUCUUUUGAGCUACCGCUCUCUCUCCAUUGCACUCUUCUUUUUUCAGUUCGUACACAAAUCCACACACAUUCAGGCUUCUGGUACUUAACAUUGACUGGGUUUAUAGGCACGUCAACCUGUUGAAUUCAAUUCUUAAUUUAGCUUCAUUUCUGCAGGGAUUUGCAUAGACAUUGAUAUCCAAUGCAGCCCAGAAAUGACUUGUAGCCAAAGAGGUCCAUAUCUAUAUUUUACAGUCCCUCGGUUACAUGUUGCGUUUCAUAGAUAUAGGCCAGCAAAAUACAAUGAAAGGCCUUUACCGUUAUGUUCUUUAUUUGAAAGGGUUACUAAGGGUGCGUCUCAAUGCACUAGUGUAGUUUCCUCUCCUCGUCUCCUUUUAUUCUUCUGCAUUGAUUACCACAAUGUUGUGACAAGGAAAGGAAUUUGGGCUGCAGCUUAAUAGCCUAGUUUUUGGAAGUAAUGUUACACUGAACAAAAAUAUAAAUGCAACAAUUUCAAAGAUUUUACUGAGUUACAGUUCAUAUAAGGAAAUCAGUCAAUUGAAAUAAAUUAAUUAGGCCCUAAUCUAUGGAUUUCACAUAACUGGGAAUACAGAUAUGCAUCUGUUGGUCACAGAUACCUUUUUUAAAAUGUAGGGGUGUGGAUCAGAAAACCAGUCAGUAUCUGGUGUGACCAUUUGCCUUAUGCAGCGCAACACAUCUCCUUCACAUAGAGUUGAUCAGGCUGUUGAUUGUGGCCUGUGGAAUGUUGUCCCGCUCUUCUUCAAUGGCUGUGCAAAGUUGCUGGAUAUUGGCGGGAACUGGAACACGUUGUCGUACACGUUGAUCCAGAGCAACCCAAACAUGCUCAAUGGGUGAUAUGUCUGGUGAGUAUGCAGGCCAUGGAAGAACUGGGACAUUGUCAGCUUCCAGGAAUUGUGUACAGAUCCUUGCGACAUGGGGCUGUGCAUUAUCAUGCUGAAACAUGAUGUGAUGGCGGCGGAUGUGCAUUCAAAUUGCCAUCGAUAAAAUGCAAUUGUGUUCGUUGUCCGUAGCUUAUUCCUGCCCAUACCAUAACCCCACCGCCACCAUGGGGCACUCUGUUCACAAUGUCGACAUCAGCAAACCACUCGCCCACACGACGCCAUAGACUGUCUGCCAUCUGCCCGUUACAGUUGAAACAGGGAUUCAUUUGUGAAGGGCACACUUCUCCAGCAUGCCAGUGGCCAUCGAAGGUGAGCAUUUGCCCACUGAUGUCGGUUACGACGCCGAACUGCAUUCAGGUCAAGACCCUGAGAUGUUUAGGACAGUUUGUGCAGAAAUUCUUCGGUUGGGCAAACCAACAGUUUCAUCAGCUGUCCGGGUGGCUGGUCUCAGAUGAUCCCGCAGGUGAAUAAGCCGGAUGUGGAGAUCCUGGGCUGGUGUGGUUACACAUGAUCUGCGGUUCUGAGGCCUGUUGAACGUACUGCCAAAUUCUCUAAAACAAUGUUGGAGGUGGCUUAUGGUUGAGAAAUGAACAUUCAAUUCCCUGGCAACCGCUCUGGUGGACAUUCCUGCAGUCAGCAUGCCAAUUGCACGCUCCCUCAAAACUUGAGACAUCUGUGGCAUUGUGUUGUGUGACAAAACUGCACAUUUUAGAGUGGCCUUUUAUUGUCCCUAGGACAAUAAUAAGUAAUGAUCACGUAAUGAUCACGCCGUUUGUUUAAUCAGCUUCUUUAUAUGCCACACCUGUCAGGUGGAUGGAUUAUUUUAGCAAAGGAGAGAUGCUCACUAACAGGGAUGUAAACAAAUGUGCACAACAUUUUAGAGAAAUAAGCUUUUUGUGCAUAUAGAACAUUUCUGGGAUCUUUUAUUUCAGAAAUGGGACCAACACUUUACAUGUUGCAUUUUAUAUUUUUGUUCAGUGUAGUUAUAGAGUUGAAGCUAGGGCUCGGGUAAUUCAUACGGGGCAAAGGUAAGACUAUUGGUUCUAGCCUGGGCAUUGCGACAAGGAAAGGUAUUAAACUAGGUUUGGCAUAUGCUCACGGACGGACAGACACAUACACUAACUUUGUAGUGUAGCGCUAGUGUUACAGGCUUUGGUUUUUCAAUUUAUGUUUUGAGGUUGGUCUUUAGCUCGUUAGCACGUAGGGCGCACCAAUUGGUGUCGACUCAUUAGUCAGUAUGUGUUACACCUGUGCUGGUUGCCAUCUCGUUAGUGUGAAGGUGUUUUACCUGUGCUGGCCCAGGUGCUAUUUAAGAGUGGCUGGCCCAGUGCUCCAGUUGUCUUGAGAGAAGUGGAGGGUCAGCACCUUUUAGUUUGCUCUCCAUAUUUGAUUUCUAGAAAAACAUUCCUUUGUCUGAUUUCCCUGAUUUCGUUUUGCUCCACCUUUUUGGUUUGUUUCCUGUCUUUAAGUUUGGUGUGGGUUUUUCUUUUGUUUGCCUCUUCUUGGGCACAUUUAGUCGGCGCUCAUGGUGGGUGUCUUUUAGGUUCCAGUUGUUGUUUCUAGUCAACUUUCAGUGGACACCCCCAUGAUUGUCUUUCAGAACCCCUCCUAAAACCACACCUGUUUUGUUUUGGUUGUUGGUCAGUGACUUUGUUAGUUCCCACUUCUGUUUGAGCAACAUUUUUUGUUUUCUUGCUGGGGAACGUAACACUAGCAUGUGUGACAGACACUCUGGAUGGCUUGUUGGGGUCUGCCUGUGCACAUUGCUGCUGUUAAAUUGACAUUUCCAUAAAUGUAUACUUCGUAUUCAUCAUCUCCAGCACCACCCCAACGUCAACAUAUGUUGAAAAUGUUUUGCUUUUCUAUGUUUUGUCGUAAAAAUGAUAGAGGAAGAUAAGUGUUUCCAAUAACAUCAUCAACCAAUUAGUAGGCAAUGCCUAUUCAUAAUUGGUUAACAUCACAUGAUGCACACCAAUGAUGUCAUUGGAAACACCUAUAUUCCUCUAUCUUUUUUACUACAAAACAUAGAAACGCGCCAUUUUCACAUACAGUAUGUUGAUGGUGGGGUGGUGCUGGAGAUGAUGAAUAUGAAGUUCCUCGCUGAGAGAGGGUUGGAGGUAAUGAAUGACUCUACAGAAACAGCAGCGAAAAAGAGCUGGAAGUCCUGUGUGUGUACGCGCACUCUAUUUCUGUUAAAUUACAUCUAAUGCACCAGAUGUGUCUGUCUGUGUUGAAAUGUGUGUUUUAAAGUUAUUGUCCUAUGAAGAAUCUAAACCAGUGUGUGUUUCACCCCCCAAGGUGCGAGUGGGGGGCUUUGAGUACUCCCCCGGUACCCUCCAGAUCUACUCUGACAGCCUGCUUACCCUGCCCGCCAUCAUCGGCAUCGGAGGGGGCGGUGGCCUGCUCCUAUUGGUCAUCAUCGGCGUGCUCAUCGCUUACAAGAGGAAGUCGCGGGACGCCGACCGCACGCUGAAACGCCUGCAGCUCCAAAUGGACAACCUGGAGUCCCGGGUGGCGCUGGAGUGCAAGGAAGGUAAGCCACACCUGUCAAUCAAUUACAUUCUAUUCUAUUCAAUUCAACUUUAUUGACCUAUUCAGGACAAGGAUGCUAAGCAACCGCUGUCAAUCGACAAACAGUAGGCCAGGUUUCUAGCGACUUGAGGGGCUGCUGUACUGGUGGUGCAGGCAACGGUUCCAGCCCAGCACACGAACAGUCGAUGAAUUGUGGUCUUCCUAAGAAGAAUACAAAACAAAUCAAAGUAGGAGAGCAGGACAAGCUCAUUAUCCAUGUACUACCUCUCCAUCCAAAAAAACACACACACACAAAAUGGCCCUCCCACUGGGUGCUGCUUGCUCUUGGUACCCGUCCAGAAGAACACUUUGAUCGGGGCUCCGGCGCCAGAUGUUGGGUUCCUCCCCAUGCGAGGUCUGCUUAGAAGGCCUUUAUGUUUAGGGAGAGCGAGAAAAGGGUGGGGGGAGAUAGAGAGCGAGGAAGGGAUGGAGAGUGGGGGGGGGGGGGGGGGGGGGGUGUCUGCAAUGCAUAAUCUCACAUUUAUUCACUUGGCACACUCCUGAUCUGGUGGGAGGCCAGUGAUACUGUCAGUCUGUCUGUUUGGAGAGAGACAGCGGGAGAGAGUAGAAAUAGAGUAGAUUGAUUUUAGGCUACCAUAGCUCAGUUGGUAGAGCAUGGCGCUUGAAACGUCAGGGUUGUGGGUUCGAUUCCCACGGGGGUCCAGUAUGAAAAAUGUGUGCACUCACUAACUGUACGUCGCUCUGGAUAAGAGCGUCUGCUAAAUGACUCAAAUGUAAAUGUAAUAAAGAUACAGUGCAUUCGGAAAGUAUUCAGACCCCUUUACUUUUUCCACAUUUUGUUAAGUUACAGCCUUAUUCUAAAAUGGAUUAGAUAAAACAUUGUCCUCAUCAAUCUACACACAAUACCCCAUAAUGACAAAGCGAAAACAGGUUUUUAGAUUUUUUGAAAAUGUAUAAAAAAAUAAAGAACAGAAAUACCUUAAGUAUUCAGACCCUUUGCUAUGAGACUUGAAAUUGAGCUCAGGUACAUCCUGUUUCCACUGAUCAUCCUUGAGAUGUUUCUACAACUUGAUUAGAGUCCACCUGUGGUAAAUUCAAUUGAUUGGACAUGAUUUGGAAAGGCACACACCUGUCUAUAUAAGGUCCCACAAACCAAGCCAUGAGGUCAAAUUAAUUGUCCGUAGUGCUCUGAGACAGAAUUGUGUCGAGGCACUGAUCUAGGGAAGGGUACCAAAACAUUUCUGCAGCAUUGAAGGUCCUCAAGAACACAGUGGCCUCCAUCAUUCUUAAAUGGAAGAAGUUUGGAACCACCAAAACUCUUCCUAGAGCUGGCCGCCCGGCCAAACUGAGCAAUCGGGGGAGAAGGGCCUUGGACAGGGAGGUGACCAAGAACCCAAUGGUCACUCUGAUAGAGCUCCAGAGUUCCUCUGUGGAGAAGGGAGAACCUUCCAGAAGGACAACCAUCUCUGCAGCACUCCACCAAUCAGGCCUUUAUGGUAGAGUGGCCAGACGGAAGCCAUUCCUCAGUAAAAGGCACAUGACAGCCCGCUUGGAGUUUGCCAAAAGGCACCUAAAGACUCUCAGACCAUGAGAAACAAGAUUCUCUGGUCUGAUGAAACCAAGAUUGAACUCUUUGGCCUGAAUGCUAAGUGUCACGUCUGGAGGAAACCUGGCACCAUCCCUACGGUGAAGCAUGGUGGUGGGGACAAGUCUCUGAAUGUCCUUGAGUGGCCCAUCAAACAUCUCUGGAGAGACCUGAAAAUAGCUGUGCAGCGACGCUCCCCAUCCAACCUGACAGAGCUUUAGAGGAUCUGCAGAGAAGACUGGGAGAAACUCCCCAAAUACAGGUGUGCCAAGCUUGUAGCGUCAUACCCAAGAAGACUCGAGGCUGUAAUCGUUGCCAAAGGUGCUUCAACAAAGUACUGAGUAAAGGGUCUGAAUACUUAUGCAAAUUAUAUUUAAGUUUUAAAAAAUUUAUACAUUCGAAACAAUUUCUAAAAACCUGUUUUUGCUUUGUCGUAAUGGGGUAUUGUGUGUAGAUUGAGUGAAAAAAUUAAUGUAAUCCAUUUUAAAAUAAGGCUGUAACGUAAGAAAAUGUGGAAAAAGUCAAGUGGUCUGAAUACUUUCUGAAUGCACUGUAGAUGGACAGAAUGGGAGCGCUAGAGUAGAGAUAGGUUUGAGGGUUUCAUAAGGAGAGUAAAAGAGAGCGAUAAAGAAUUGGAUAGGUUUGAAGGCUCCAUAAGGAGAACCAUACUGCAGCAUGGUCACUUCUAGCAUCUACAGAGAACCUAGAAGUGACCAAUGCUAUGCGUAAAUAUUUUCACAAGAUAGCAAGACUGUAGCCUGGUUACCAGUCUGUUUAGCCAACAUUCCACUCCUUAUACUCUGUGUCAUUGCCAAACAAUGACCUGAGUACUAGGAGUGGAAUGUUAGCUAAACAGACUGGUACCCAGGCUAGCAAGACUGGUGAUAUGAAGCAUUCAUAGUAACAAUGCAUUGUAGAGUAAAAAACACAGAAUGCAGGAGACCAGGCUGUGGUACCUGUCAUCACAAUGGUCAUCUCUGCCCAGCGCCACAUGGCAACAGACACCGAUUGGCCGCCGUCUCCACCACACUGUCCAUCCAGGGGUCACCACCUUGUCUUUCCCCCACAGUCACCACAGAUGGAUUUAGAGCGACAGGGAGAGAUAGAUAAAGGGGCACAGGGAGAGAUGGAUAGAGCCCCAGAGAAGGGAGAGAUGGAUAGAGCCACAGAGAAGGGAGAGAUGGAUAGCGAGAGGGGGAGAUACAGGUACGAAUGGAUAGAGAGAUGAGGGGACAGAGAAAGAGAGAAAAGGGCAUGAGGAGAGAUGGAUAAAGGGACAGAGAGAGGGGGAGAUGGAAGGAUAGGGGGGGUCACAGAGAGAUGGAUAGAGAAGGACAGAAAAAAAGUGUGCCCUCUCUGUGUGUGUGUGAGAGAGAGGGGACAGUGUUUACUUCCUUAUUUGUUUAUGGGGUUUCUUGAGUCAAGAUUACACUGCAAGAGACAUAGCUACAUCAUACAGAGAGAUUAUUCACACAGUUCUUUAGAUGCCACUGAAAGAAAUGGAGGGGACAUACAAAGUCACAGGGCACACAUGUAUAAACAGUGAGACACACUGAGAUAUGCGGCCACUCUGCUGCAUGGAGAGUUCUGGGGUCAGGAGGGAGGUGUGUGCGUAGGUGUGUCCAUAUUUCUUCCAGCUAUUGGUGUACACUCUACUCUACCCGAGUUCACUUAAAAAUCAGUCCAAAAAUUAUAACUUUUCUCCUACAACAACACUGACAAAUAUUUAACAUGUGACCAAUGUUAAAACUGUCAAUACCCUAGUGUACGUACAUUAACAAUAGAUCAACCAUCUUUCUACCCCUCUCCACCUCCCUCCCUCUCCCCUCCCUUCUCUCUCCCCAGCCUUUGCGGAGCUGCAGACAGACAUCCAUGAGCUGACCCAGGAGCUGGAUGGAGCUGGCAUCCCCUUCCUGGACUACAGAACCUACGCCAUGAGGGUCCUCUUUCCCGGUAUCGAGGACCACCCCGUGCUCAAGGAGAUGGAGGUACGGGUCAGUAACGCCCAGGGCCAGACAUCCAAAUCUUUAACAUUCGUUGAUGUUUUAGUUCUUAGGGGGGGGGCUUGUAUUCGAGCCAUGGUAACCCCACAGCCCUGCUGAUCUAGGAUCAGGUCCCCCCUCUUAUUCAUUAUGAUCUAAUAGGCAAAACUGAUCCUAGAUCAGCACUCCUACUCUGGAACACUUUGUGAACACGGGCCCAGAGACCUUUCUAACACUCUGUGGAAACUUUGAGACUGAUAGAUGGCCAUAUCAUGUCCAGGGUCUGAGACACAGGACUCACACAUUCAAUGAAACACUCUUCCAUUCUGUUCCAUUAUUUCACCACCCAAGAGAGGUUAUGUAUCGAUCACUCAACUGCACCACAUUGCAUCGUCACGUCAAGAUAGCAUGACCUACACCUAUUACAAUAUCAUCACACACACACAGAUUACAAAUACCAUCACACACAAUUACAAAUAUCAUCACACACAUAGACUCAUAAGAAGGUGUUUUCUGGAUGGUGCAUGUAUUGUGCGGUAUCAGCUCUGAGGGGUGAGGAGAGAGAGGAGAAAGACAGACAGCAUAUCUACUAGCUAUGAACUGUAUUGCACAUCUGUCUGGUGCCUAGCAUUGGAUUUUCAUUUGUAUCCCAGAUGCAAUCAGCCUCAACUGUAGUGCGCCAAUAGAGAGAGAGAGGAGGGAGGGAGGUUUGUAGUUGUUUUGUUCAUACAGCUUCAUGGAGAGUGUGUGUGUGAGUUUGUGCCUGUGUGCACGACCAGACAUCUGUGAUAUUGGGUAUUUUGUACCUCAAAGACUGCUCUGCCCCCUCUCUCUGAUAGGUUCAGGCCAAUGUCGAGAAGGCUCUCACCCUGUUCGGCCAGCUGCUCACCAAGAAGCACUUCCUCUUGACAUUCAUCCGCACGCUAGAAGCUCAACGCUCCUUCUCCAUGCGUGACCGCGGCAACGUGGCGUCGCUGGUCAUGACUGCUCUCCAGGGCGAGAUGGAGUAUGCCACAGGGGUGUUAAAACAGCUUCUCUCAGAUCUCAUCGACAAGAACCUGGAGAGCAAGAACCACCCCAAGCUGCUGUUGAGAAGGUACGGUCCAUCAUUGGGUUGUGUUGGGUUGGGCUGGUCUAUCUGUGUAGGAGGGGGAGAGAGGGUUAGAACCUGGAGAGCACGAACCACCCCAAGCUGCUGCUCAGGGUACGAUCCGCCUAGGUUGGGGUGUGGUUGGGUUGAGUUGGGCUGUGCUAUAUAUGUAAGGGGAGUAGGGAAGUGGGGGGUUUGACAUAAUCAUCAAGAACCUGGAAAGCGAGUACCACCCCAAAGCUUCUGCUCCGAAGGUACUGUCCGCCUGUGUUAGGCUAUGAGUAAGGGUGGAUUGGGCUAGGCUAUCUGCGUAGCCUAUGGGGUUAGAAUUUAGCCUGGUAGACAGGAAAGAGACAGGAUUGAGCUGGCAUAAUUUAGCUAUGAGCAGCUUAGUGGUUAGCAGUUUUUGUCUUCAGUUAACUGUUUGUUUUUUAAUCAGUUAGCUGUUUUUGUUAUAAGUUAGCCGCUUUAGUUAUCAGUUAGCCGCUUUAGUUAUCAGUUAGCCGCUUUAGUUAUCAGUUAGCCGCUUUAGUUAUCAGUUAGCCAAUUUUGUUAUCAGUUAUCCGCUUUUAUGUUAGCCAUUUUUGUUAUCAGUUAGCCGCUUUAGUUAUCAGUUUUAGUUAUCCAUUAGCCAUUUUAGUUAUCAGUUAGCCAUUCUAACGUGUGAUAGGCCGUAGUGCUGAGACUAAAGAGGGCCGCUGUAGAUGGCCAGGAACUGUAGCCUACCUCUCCUCACUCUCCCCCUCUCCUCCUUCCCCCCUCCUCAGCAUUGUCUCUGUCAGGAAGGAUUACACCCCUGAGCACACCCACUGACUCCCGCAGGAGGCCCAGCCACUCAGCCAGCCACACAGGGCAGACAGGACUACUGAGCCAGACAGACUGAGAGAGAGAGGGAGAGAGGGGGGGCAGGGAGGGAAGGAGAGGGAGAAGGCGAGAGAGAUACAGGGGGAGAGAGAGAGGGAUGAAGUCAGAGAUGGGGAGAGAGUGAAAGGGGUUGUGGAGUGUGGAAUGGGAGAGAAUGACAGACAAAGGUGGAUAGAAGGAGAGAGAGGGAGGGAGGGAGAGAUGGAGUGCUAGUGGGAGGACGAAUGACAGAUUAAAGACAGAGAAAGAAGGUGAUAGAGGAAGGUCAAGAGAGAGAGUGCACGGCACUGGGGAGAGAGAGAAUGGAAUGUUAAUGCAGAAAAUGGGAGAAAUAUCCCAUGGGAGACAGAGACUGGUAAUCAGUUGGGUAAGACUGAGAGAGAGACAGGAAGAAAGGGAUAGAGAGAAAUGAUAGAGACAGGAAUUAAACAUGAAAUGAUGAAAAGGGGAUGUUUGUCCCUCUCCAUUGAGAGAUGUGUAAUUAAAAUCGAAUCAAAUAAAUGACUUUGAGCCAGUCUACUGCUGCGGUGAAAUUGGCAUGAUGUUGCUAAAAGCCCCCCUGGAGGAAUGUGGCACAUACACUGUAUCCUGGUUAUGAAGACGACACACACAUAUGGGCGCACGCACACAGAUUUGAGCUACAGAAUUCCCUUUGUUGGUGUUUUUAGGUUUUAGUCUACACUAUUCCAAAACAUUUUCAAUGUUGAUUAUGAAUUAUACUACACUCCCAUCCACACACGCCCACACUCUCUUUCACUCACUCACCCACUCACUCACCCACUCACUCUCACACCAGAUUAGUAAGGAGUUGGUUUCCACCAGUCCCCCAGUAUUAGGUACGGUAGAGGCCAAAAUCAUGUUCUUUCCUGGUCCACUCUACUUUCAACCCCUCUCCUCUACCUCUCCCUCUCCUCUACCGCUCCUCUCCUCUACCGCUCCUCUCCUCUAUGUGAAGGAAAAAGAAAACCACAUUUUGCCCACAUCAAACAAAUCUGAACAGACUUCUAGGCAAAUGGACUUCAUGACUUUUCUUCUCACAAUCUCUGCUCCCAGUCUCAACCCUGGAUAACCUGCUAGCUGGCACAUACACACACAGACACACACACACACACACAGUCCUUGAUUCAUCCUUUUCUGAGUAAUCAUAGUCUCUGGGAAUGUAUUAUUCAAGAGACAGCAGCUCUGAUUCUAAAAGGAGGGACAGAGGAGGGGGUGGGUGAGAGAAACAAACCAUUUCCCCUGAAGUCCCUUCCUCUCAUACUGUGUCACACACAUACGCACACACACACUCUUCCCUCGUCAUUGUUAACAAAUUUGAUGUAGUAAGUCGCGUUAAUUACAAUGCCCUUUAAUUACUUGUGUUUUUAACUUUCUUUCUGGAGGGGGGAACCUUUCUGGAGGCUCCUCAUUACGCGCCAGGUUGGUGAUUAGCAAGAGACGUUAACAAAUUAGACUAAUUGCUGUGUUUUUAAUGAAAAUUGCUGGGUUUGCUUUGAAAAAAUUAAUGUGGGUUUUGUUAUUUGAGUUAAUUUGUUUGUUUGCAGAGGGGGGGGUUUGAAGGAUAUAGCCUACCCGCUUUCCGUGGAAUAAUUUUAUGUAUGCUCUUUGAAGUGAACGUCCAUGUUAAAUACCUUUUCCCAGGGAAAAUGGUGUGUGUUCGCCCUAAGUUACUAGCCCGAGGGGAGGUUGGUCGCUUGUUACUAGGAGGAAGAGGAAGUCACGUCAAAAUCUCCAACCCUUGUACAGUCGUUCCUCUAUCAGUCAUGUGUUGGUUUAUGUUUUUGCCAUUAAAACUUUGUCAUUCCAAAAGAUACCGUUUUUGUCUCCCCUUCCAUCCUCUUUCCCCUUCCUUACCUCUUCUCUCUUUCUCUCUCUCGCUCUCUCCUGUAGAACUGAGUCGGUUGCUGAGAAGAUGCUCACCAACUGGUUCACAUUCCUCCUCUACAAGUUCCUCAAGGUAAGUCUGUCAGUGACGCAAGCACGUGUUUCGUGUUCAUCAGGCACCAAAGUGAAGAAAACUAACUGAAACAGGGAGGGACUAUCUGGAUUUGUCCAAUAAGAAAGGCUUAUUUUUGCUUUCCGUUGCAAUCUCUUUCUUCUGCUCUGAAUUGAUACAUCUACUAAAGUCUCAAGGAAAAGAGGAAAAACACAGAAGUAAAGAACCAGUUGGGUGGAAGGAGCAGAGAAAGGAGAUGGAGAGGAAAAGGGUGAAGCCAGGGGGAGAAACUAGCAAGAGUUGGUGAGAAUCCCUGUGCUGGGGAGUAGUCGGAACAAUAGAGGAAGGGGAGAAAAGGAGAGAGGCCCUCUAGCCCUCCUCUCAUUGCCUCGUUUCACGCAGCAGAGUGCUUUUAUACUCCUGACUCAUUAACCUUCUAUUAACCCCUCCAUCUACUGCCACUAGCAUUCUCUCAACGUUGGCCCCAAGCUGAGUGUACAUUUUAACACGUUCUACCUUGUUAAAGGCUGUUUUUCCCCUGGUUAAAAUGCACAGGGGAGAAAUUGCUACCCGGGAGUGGGCCACUUGUCACUGUGCCAAUAGGCAUGGGAGGCUUGCUACGACCUUAUCGUUUAGCAGUGCCGUAGGUAGUGUGGCUAACAGCAGAUUGGAAUGCACUAGUUUUACCUUUGAUGUAUUAUCAAACUUGACUUUCUCAAAUAAAAAAACAUACUUGUUGUCUUGCGUUUGAAGACUACUCUAUGUCCUAUUGUUUCUGAAAUACUGAGAUUAGGGUUGUGUGUAUGUAUCAGUGACAUUUAUGUGUGUGUAAGUGACGUCUUACCUUUGCCCCUGUGUGUGUGUGUGUGUGUGUGUGUGUGUGUGUGUGUGUGUGUGUGUGUGUGUGUGUGUAGGAGUGUGCUGGCGAGCCCCUGUUCAUGCUGUACUGUGCCAUCAAGCAGCAGAUGGAGAAGGGGCCUAUAGACUCCAUCACUGGAGAGGCACGCUACUCACUCAGCGAGGACAAGCUCAUCAGACAGCAGAUUGACUACAAGACCUUGGUCAGUACCGCAAUCACAGCUUGAAUCACAAAAAUAAACAGAACACUUUGACAUUAUCUCACUGAAUCAAGUCAUUGCUCUGAGAACCAUUCGUCUGGCUAGCUAAGUAAUAUAUUAGCUAGAAUAGCAUAGACGUCAAUGAAGCGACUUGGCAUAACAAUAUAAUAUAGGUUAAUAUGUUAUAUUAAACAUAGUAGCUAAACUGUCGUGUAUCACACAGUGUCACCUCACACGCCCACACUAAUCGCUCUGCUUCAAGCCUCUAGUCCAGUGAGACUUCCCCCUCCCAAUCUGACCUUUACCCGCACCCCACAUACCCUCUAGACCCUGCACUGUGUGAACCCGGAGAACGAGAAUGCCCUGGAGGUGACGGUGAAGGGGCUGAACUGUGACACGGUGACUCAGGUGAAGGAGAAGUUGCUGGACGCAGUGUACAAGGGCAGUCCCUACUCCCAGAGACCCAAGGCUGGAGACAUGGACCUAGGUGAGGAGGACACACACACUUAUGAGCACACACACACCUGCAUACGCAUCAUACACAAACACACACACAAAUGAAUGCAUGCAGACACACGGACACACACACUAACACCCCUCUCUCUCUCUCUGUCCCUUGUGUGUGUGUUCAGAGUGGCGUCAGGGCAGGAUGGCCCGGAUCAUCCUCCAGGAUGAGGACGUCACCACCAAGAUAGACAACGACUGGAAGAGACUCAACACACUGGCCCACUACCAGGCAAGUCUCUCAUAAUUUAGGGUUAGAUCUCAAAGUUGACUAAGUCAUGUUGUUUAAUCAAUCAGUCAAUCAAUCAAUUAAUCAAUCAAUCACAUUUGUAUUUGUAGGACAGUGCAUUUGGAAAGUAUUCAGACCCCUUCACUUUUUCCACAUUUUGUUAUGUUGUUUUCCUCAUCGAUCUACACACAAUACCCCAUAAUGACAAAGCAAAAACCGCUUUUUAGAAUGUUUUUUUAAAUCCUUAUUUACAUAAGUAUUGAGACCCUUUACUAUGAGACUCGACAUUGAGCUCAAGUGAAUCCUGUUUACAUUGAUCAUACUUUGAGAUGUUUCUACAACUUGAUUGGAGUCCACCUGUGGUACAUUCAAUUGAUUGGACAUGAUUUGGAAAGGCACACACCUUUCUAUAUAAGAUCCCACAGUUGACAGUGCAUGUUAGAGCAAAAACCAAGCCAUGAGGUCGAAGGAAUUGUCCGUAGAGCUCUGAGAUAGGAUUGUGUCGAGGCACAGAUCUGGGGAAGGAUACCAAAACAAUGAUGUAGCAUUGAAGGUCCCCAAGAACACAGUGGCCUCCAUCUUUCUUAAAUGGAAGAAGUUUAGAACCACCAAGACUCUUCCUAGAGCUGGCCGCCUGGCUAAACUGAGCAAACGGGGGCAUUGAAGGGCAUUGGUCAGGGAGGUGACCAAGAACCCAGUGGUCACUCUGACAGAGCUCCAGAGUUCCUCUGUGGAGAGGGGAGAACCUUCCAGAAGGACAACCAUCUCUGCAGCACUCCACCAAUCAGGCCUUUAUGGUAGAGUGGCCAGGUCGAAGCCACUCCUCAGUAAAAGGCACAUGACAGCCCGCUUGGAGUUUGCCAAAAGGCACCUAAAGACUCUCAGACCAUGCGAAACAAGAUUCUCUGGUCUGAUGAAACCAAGAUUGAACUCUUUAGCAUGAAUGCCAAGCGUCACAUUUGGAGGAAACCUGGCACCAUCCCUACGGUGAAGCAUGGUGGUGGAAGCAUCAUGCUAUGGGGAUGUUUUUCAGCGGCAGGGAUUGGGAGACUAGUCAGGAUCGAGGGAAAGAUGAACGGAGCAAAGUACAGAGAGAUCCUUGAUGAAAACAUGCUCCAGAGCGCUCAGGACCUCAGACUGGGGUGAAGGUUCACCUUCCACCAGGACAACGACCCUAAGCACACAGCCAAGACAAUGCAGGAGUGGCUUAGGGACAAGUCUCUGAAUGUCCUUGAGUGGCCCAGCCAGAGCCCGGACUUGAACCCGAUCUAACAUCUCUGGAGAGACCUGAAAAUACCUGUGCAACGACGCUCCCCAUCCAACCUGACAGAGCUUGAGAGGAUCUGCAAAGAAGAAAGGGAGAAACUCCCCAAAUACAGGUGUGCCAAGCUUUUAGCGUCAUACCCAAGAAGACUCGAGGCUGUAAUCGCUGCCAAAGGUGCUUCAACUAAGUACUGAGUAAAGGGUCUGAAUACCUAUAUAAAUGUGAUAUUUCCUUUUUUAAAUAAUUUUUUUAUAUAAAUUUGCAACCAUUUCUAAACACCUGUUUUUGUUUUGUCAUUAUGGGGUAUUGUGUGUAGAUUUAUUUAUUUUUAUUUAUUUUUUAAUCCAUUUUAAAAUAAGGCUGUAACGUAACAAUGUGGAAAAAGUCAAGGGGUCUGAAUAUUUUCCGAAUGCACUGUACUUUACAAUGACAGAUUUACAAAUAUUUCUGCAUUGGUGUCUGCAGCCACAAAUUCAUGGGUGUUAUAUCACCAAUUUCCCCUCUAUUAUGUGUAGGCCAGUGACACAAAAUCUCAAUUGCAUCCAUUUUAAAUUCAGGCUGUAACACAACAAAAUGUGGAAAAAGUCAAGUGGUGUGAAUAGGGCUGUGGCGGUCAUGAAUAACUGCCAGUCUCACGAUAAUUGACCCUUAAUUAGCAUAAACACGUUUAGCAUCUUCUGUCUUCCACGCACAGCCUACAAGCCACUGAUGCAGACCUUUGGAACAUCUACAUUUUAAAAAGGUGGUCCUCUGUAGCUCAGCUGGUAGAGCACGGCGCUUGUAAUGCCAAGGUAGUGGGUUCGAUCCCCGGGACCACCCAUACACAAAAAUGUAUGCACGCAUGACUGUAAGUCGCUUUGGAUAAAAGCGUCUGCUAAAUGGCAUAUUAUUAUUAUUAAAAAGUCUAAUAAAUCCAUUUAAUACACCAUCACAAUAAAUCCAUUAUUUAUUUUAGACAGGUCUAAAAAAACAUGAUGAAAAUGUAGUCUUUUUCAGAAGAACAUAAUAGCAAACUCUGAGUUGUCCUGAUAUGGUUAUGCCAUAUGGCUGUGGGCUACACUAGUUCAUUUAGCAGACAAGAUUUGCUUAGAAUUCCGUGGCAUUAGUUUUUGUUGUUUUAUAGUAUGAAAAAUACAAUUGAACGUAGCUUAAUAAAAUAGAAAGGAUAUUUUCUCCAAAUGAUUUUAAAGGAAGUGUACACAUGCUGCUAUUCUAUGUUGAGCAUUUAACAAAGAAACAGGUCCUCCUAUAUGCUUAAUUUAGAGUUAUUUAUGCAACUUUAGUUGUGAUACAAACGUUGGGCUAUAUGUUUUGAUGUUUAAUACAUUCUAAGGCUGCAUGAUGCGACUCUAAUGAGGAUUUGAAAAAAGUUGCAAGCUGCACACACUUCAUCAGUCUCUCAUUCACAAUUUGACAAGCACUUGAUAAUAUUCUCACCAGGCCUCGAGUUUCCCGGCGGCUUCCCCCUUGUGUGGUCGUAAUGCCCCUUAAAAAAUCCAUGCCUUUUGCGGCCAAAGUGGCUAAUUAUAAUUCCCUUCUCCUAGCUGCCGUGUUCCGAAGCAACUCUCACUCACAUGGCUCUCUCAGAUGUAGCCAAUGCCCGUCAAGUGAUGGGGUCCUUCUCACAGGCAUUUCAGCUAAAAGUAGGCUACAAGUGAAUGAAGACUGACACAUCGGGGACGCAACUGCGCGCGUCCCUCUUAUCGAAUUCUGAGGCACAUAUUGAAGAUAUUAGAACUGUCCACAUUUAGCCUACAUUUCAUCAGCCAACAAGAUGAGUAGGCCUAAUGAACAGCAACAGCACUAGCCUAUGUCAAUCUACUCUCCCCCAUAGUACAAAAGUUCACCUAUUCUGUGCGAGAAAUAAAUAUUCCAAACAUACUCUGGGACAGUUGUGGGAUGCAAUAGAUCCCAAAUUAAUACAACCACUCAUCAAAAAACCUUUUAAAAGCAAGGAGGCUGAUCGUUUAGCUUAAAAUGUUGAUAAACUGUUAGGCUAUUUUUUCACAUGAGUGCAGCAAUGCGCACACAGCAGUAGGCUAUAAGCGCGAAUGUUCCAAAAUGCAAUCAAUUAGCGGGAAAAGACUGUUCUCAAAAGUGAUGGCGAAUGCAAUUAUGCAUGUAAUGCUUUAUUAUAAAGGAGCAUUUUGAUGGUGAAAAUGAUCUUCUCCAAACUCGAAACACGCGCAGCCUUUGUAUGCCAGUUUGGCUCUACACCGGUAAUAAAACUGAUUUAAUGUGCUUAAUUAAAAAAGUUAUUUGGCCACUUUAGUUGUGAUACAAACCUUAUCAAACAUAUAGCCCUAUGGGCUAGGCUACAUGAGGUGUGAGACUAUGAUUAGAAAAAGUAGCACAACAAAAAGGUAUGCGCUGUUUCUUGCCUUAAUGCACAAGCUGGGCAUCAUUCACAAGUGAUAAUAUAUAAUUCACAAGUGAUAGGCUAAUAUUGUCACCCAUCAGACUAUUCUUAAUUUAAUGUUGUCUUUACAUAUACUCAAUUAUAUAUGUGUGACUUUAGUUUUGAUUUAGAUUGGACCAUUAUCAUGCACCUGUCUCAGAACAGGGGCAUGAAAAAAAAAACAUGUAAUCUAUGCACUUAAAUAGCGAAUGGAGGACACUUUUCCUGUGGUUCAUUUUCAUGCAAGCCAGGUAGGCUGUACUCGUAUUGUAAAGCGAAGCAAUGUGCUUAAUAUUAGGAAAGUUGAUAAAUAAAUAUAUUAGGCCUAGCCUAUAGAAAGCUGAUGGUUCCUCUUUUUAAUAGAGGCUACCAAUACUGUUUUCUCACGCAAUUGCAUAGCCUAUAGAAAUGUUGAGCAACAUGAGCUCAUGGGCACUCAUUAAGUGUUUGAUUAGGUUUUCGAACACAUUUGCAUUGAUGUCAGAGUGAUUAGAGGGACAAAAGAGUGCUGAGUACCAGGCAGUUAGCAAGUUCGGUAGGCUACUAAUGACCAUCAGCAGCAUCAGAGCGCAGUUUUGGAGAAGCCUAAUUACGUGACUAAACGGUCACAUGGAAUUUGACUGCCGUCAUGACUCGCCGGUGUGGCGGUAAUACGGUCACCGUAACAGCCCUAGGUGUGAAUACUUUUUGAAGCACUGUCCAUGGAAAUAAAUGGGUCGUUCCACGAACUGAGUCCCUUUUGGGUAGUGUAACUUAGUGAAAAAAACUUUAUUUCACCUAAUUUGUACAUUCUGUCAUGACGAGCACAUGUUCAACUAAUACAAAAUGUUUUCCCAUCUCAAGAGGUUAAAUAAAAACAAUGACUAUAGUAAUUGCCUAUUAAAGGAAAGAUUCGCCCAUUUUGAAGGUUAUUUCGUAUUUGUGCAUCUCUGAGGCGAUGUUCUAUCGUUUGCUGGGGUCAUACCGGCUGUAUUUCUGGCUGCUUGAACGGCGAAUAUCUCAGAUACACAUGAAAACAUGAAAUGACUCCGUGAAUCGUUAGAACAUCGCUCAGAGAUGCACAAAUACAAUAUACCAUUAAAAAUAGGUGUAUCUUUCCUUUAAGUGCCAAAUUAAGUAGAAGGGUUGACUCUAAUAGGGUUGACGAUUUCAUCUUAAAUCACCCAUUAAUCCCCUUGUGACAGGGGGAAUGGAAGCUUGUUGUGUGCAACAGGGAGGGGCAAUUGAAUGCAAGCUUCUCCAAAAAAAUAUCAAAUUGUUAACAUUCUUCUAGCCUGUCUAUGGGUAACAGGGUUUACGUGUUAUGCUCGACCCACUUAGUUUUCCACCACAAAACACCAGAAAAUAGCCAAAAAGAGUAGAACCAGCUCACCUGCUUUUACACUAUGAUUUGACUAUUAGAUGUUCAAUGUUUAUUUUUUUUUACUUUUUAAAAAUAAAUCGUUUCACCAUAUAACAUUUGGAGUUCAGUUGACCUAACACGGUUGACCUCAAAAUGAGGGACUUGUUGUAUUUUACCUUAAAAUGAAUCACCAAUCACAUGAAAUAAAUAAUAAUCUUCAGAAAUCUUUGUCGUCUGUUCUUUCGACCAAUCGAUUGGUCAAAAUAUUAAAACGUGCAUUUUUCCAUAUAUAGACACAUCCUUUAUGUUUUGAUCAAAUCAACUAUAUGCACUGAGUUUGUCUGAUGCUUUAGGAGCACUGUUUGAUGAAAUAAUUAAGACACACAGAUGACUAGAGGGAGUCCGACCGCAACUGAUUUGAUUGUGCUAGGCCGGGCUGAGACUUUCUGCGCUGUUAUAAAAAAACAAAAACAAAAAACAGUGAAUUACCGUGUGACUAGCACCCGUUGUCUGUCUCUCUCUCCUCCCUGCUGCAGUGACCACCAAAGAACAUCAACAGUGUUUAUCGCGCUGUCUGUGUUGCUGAAGCUGCAUCAUAAUUACAGCCAUUUCUGACUGAAAAGUUCUGUUACCGAAAUCCCUCGUUUAGGAAGAACAAUCCUUAUGCCUCUCUUUUACAUGACACAUGACCAAUAGGGCCUGACCUAUAGCAUGUCAUAAUCAUAUUAGUCAAUUGCUUAUAACAAACUCUGAACACCGUAACAUGUGACAGCAAAAUGGAUGCAGAUGAUGUGACAAAUAAACUCGAAACGGGGAAAUGUUUGGUUGCUCAAGAGGUAAAGGGGAAGUCAGAUGUGUGAAAUAAACUUGACUAGUUGAGGGAAAUACUGGAGAUCAAUAAAAAUAAGGUAAGGAGCAAGCACCGCGUGCAUAUUAUGCCAAACAGGUGCUGUUAGAUUACAAUGUCAUUUUUCGGACCAUUUGGAACAAUGUAAACACCACUAAAUUAAUGAUAAGGUACCAGAGUCUGUUGUAAUGUUUUUAUUUAUUUAUUGGGAAAACCUUUAUUACAGCAAAGAUUAAAAACCGUCGUAUGCGUUCGUGAAUGCAAUUGCCGACAUGGAACAGUUUAUUUAUUGUUUACACUAAUUAUUCAAGAGGGGCUUUGUUAUUUGAUUUUAAAACUAAAAUGCUUGAUUGCUAUUGAAGUCGUAUGCUGUGUUAUGACAUGAACGAAUGAAUGAUUGAUUCAUACAGUAGCCUAUAUAAGUAUUGAAAUAAGUCAGCUACGGUAUUAAGACUAGAAAGGAUGUGCUCUUAGGCCUACAGCUCGAUGGUGGUUAUACAAGGCUGCUACUAUAAGAAGCCUACUAAUGAUAAUGACAUUACUUAUUAUAAUGAUGAUGAUAAUAAUUGUAAUACUAACAAUAAGAAAGAGAUCAAGAAAAAAGGUAAUAUAAUAAAUAUAGUUUUUCUGACAAUUUGGAAAAUCCGUAUUUGUGAAAUUGUUUAUCCAACAUGGGAUUGCAUGAGGCUUGGUGCUCACGGAAUCAGUAGGCUAUUAAACACUCAAACAGGCAAUGGAAGCAGGAUCUGUCUUAUUUCUAUCUAUAUAUAUAUAUAUCACACACACACACAGUUGAAGUCGGAAGUUUACAUACACCUUAGCUUAAUACAUUUAAACUCAGUUUUUCACAAUUCCUGACAUUUAAUCCUAGUAAAAAUUCCCUGUUUUAGGUUAGUUAGGAUCACCACUUUCUUUUAAGAAUGUGAAAUGUCAGAAUAAUAGUAGAGAGAAUGAUUUAUUUCAGUUUUUAUUUCUUUCAUCACAUUCCCAGUGAGUCAGAAGUUUACAUACACUCAAUUAGUAUUUGGUAGAAUUGCCUUUAAAUUGUCAAACGUUUUGGGUAGCCUUCCACAAGCUUCCCACAAUAAAGUGGGUGAAUUUUGGCCCAUUCCUCCUGACAGAGCUGGUGUAACUGAGUCAGGUUUGUAGGCCUCCUUGCUCGCACACGCUUUUUCAGUUCUGCCCACACAUUUUCUAUAGGAUUGAGGUCAAGGCUUUGUGAGGCCACUCCAAUACCUUGACUUUGUUGUCCUUAAGCCAUUUUGCCACAACUUUGGAAGUAUGCUUGGGGUCAUUGUCCAUUUUGAAGACCCAUUUGCAACCAAGCUUUAACUUCCUGACUGAUGUCUUGAGAUGUUGCUUCAAUAUAUCCACAUAAUUUUCCUUCCUCAUGAUGCUAUCUAUUUUGUGAAGUGCACCAGUCCCUCCUGCAGCAAAGCACCCCCACAGCAUGAUGAUGCCACCCCCGUGCUUCACGGUUGGGAUGGUGUUCUUCGGCUUGCAAGCGACCCCUUUUUCCUCCAAACAUAGCGAUGGUCAUUAUGGCCAAACAGUUCUAUUUUUGUUUCAUCAGACCAGAGGACAUUUCUCCAUGUGCAGUUGCAAACUGUAGUCUGGCUUUUUUAUGGCGGUUUUGGAGCAGUGGCGUCUUCCUUGCUGAGCGGCCUUUCAGGUUAUGUCGAUAUAGGACUCGUUUUACUGUGGAUAUACUGUAGAUACUUUUGUAUCUGUUUCCAUGGUCCUUUGCUGUUGUUCUGGGAUUGAUUUGCACUUUUCGCACCAAAGUACGUUCAUCUCUAGGAGACAAAAUGCAUCUCCUUCCUGAGUGGUAAGACGGCUGCGUGGUCCCAUGGUGUUUAUACUUAAGUACUAUUGUUUGUACAGAUGAACGUGGUACCUUCAGGCAUUUGGAAAUUGCUCCCAAGGAUGAACCAGACUUGUGGAGGUCUACGAUUUUUUUUUCUGAGGUCUUGGAUGAUUUCUUUUGAUUUUCCCAUGAUGUCAAGCGAAGAGGCACUGAGUUUGAAGGUAGGCCUUGAAAUAUAUCCACAGGUACACCUCCAAUUGACACAAAUGAUGUCAAUUAGCCUAUCAGAAGCUUAUAAAGCCAUGACAUCAUUUUCUGGAAUUUCCCAAGCUGUUUAAAGGCACAGUCAACUUAGUGUAUGUAAACUUCUGACCCACUGGAAUUGUGAUACAGUGAAUUAUACGUGAAAUAAUCUGUCUUUAAACAAUUGUUGGAAAAAUUACUUGUCACAAAGUAGAUGUCCUAACCGACUUGCCAAAACUAUAGUUUGUUAACAAGAAAUUUGUGGAGUGGUUGAAAAACGAGUUUUAAUAACUCCAACCUAAGUGUAUGUAAACUUCCGACUUCAACUGUAUAAUGAUAAAAAGCUGGUUGAGAGAAUGCCAAGAGUGUGCAAAGCUGUCAUCAAGGCAAAGUGUGGCUACUUUGAAUAAUCUUUGUUUAACAACUUUUUGGUUACUACAUGAUUCCAUAUGUGUUAUUUCUUAGUUUUGCUAUCUUAACUAUUAUUCUACAAUGUAGAAAAUAGUACAAAUAAAGAAAAAUCCUUGAAUGAGUAGGUGUGUCCAAACUUUUGACUGGUACUGUAUAUGGAUGAUUGAUAAAGCCAGGCACAUUUAACAGUUAGGCUGUUAAUUAUAGACCUAAUUAAGUUGGUUUCCUCUCUCCUCACUAAAGAAAUCAGACAGGUGUCUUUUUCUGCUACUCCUCGACUAAACAACAGCCUAUCGACCAAACAAUCGACCAGUCAACUACAUGUGGUCAUCCUUACUGCUAUUCCAGAUCAUUCCACUGCUAUUCCAGAUCAAGUUGGCACCCAUAGUAAUAUCUACCAAAGUGCUUUACAUUAUCACUCCAGUCACCAGCAAUGUGUAUCACUCUUUUUUGACCGUAUGUCAUGUGCAAAGUGUUCUGAGUGGUCAAUACUUGUUUGUACAGUGCCUAUACAUGUAUACCGGACAGUUUAUUAGGUACACCAUCUUAUAACGGGUCGGACCCCCUUUUGCCUCCAGAACAGCCUUAAUUCUUCAGGGUGUGAAUUCUACAAGUCUGAAACGUUACACAGUGAUGUUGGUCCAUGCUGACGCGAUGGCAUCACGCAGUUGCAGCAGAUUGGACGGUGGUAUACCACCGCCACCAGCCUGUACCGUUGACACGAAGCAGGAUGGGUCCAUGGACUCAUGCUGCUUACACCAAAUCCUGAGCAUGAGCAACAGGAACCGGGAUCGUCGGACCAUGUGAUGUUUUUCCACUCCUUAAUUGUCCAGUUGUCCAAUUGUCCGCUGUUGUGGGUGGAAAGCCCAGGAGAGCGGCCAUUUUUGAGAUACUGGAUCCGGUGUGCCUGGCACCGACGAUCAUACCACGCUCAAAGUCGCUUAGGUCACUGGUUUUGCCCAUUCUAGUGUUAUAUCGAACAGUAGCCAAAGGCCUCAAUGCCUGUCUGCCUGCUUUAUAUAGCAAGCCAUGGCCACGUGACUCACUGUCUGUAGGAGCGAUCCAUUUUCGUGACCGGGGUUGUACCUAAUAAACAAGCCGGUGAGUGUAUAUCUCUAACUGUUUUGAUGUUCCCUAUAUUCCCAAUCAGGUGACAGAUGGCUCAGUGAUCGCCCUGAUGCCCAAGCAGAACUCUGCCUACAACAUCUCCAACUCCUCCACCUUCACAAAGUCCCUCAGCAGAUACGGUAUGUGUUUGCGUUUAGACAGGCAGCCCAAUUAUGAUUUUUUUAAUCCACUAAUUGGUCUUUUGACCAAUCACAUCCGAUCUUUUCAGAUAUUUUUCAGCGCUGAUCUGAUUGGUCAUAACACCAAUUAGUGGAAAAAAAGACAGCCUUAGUGCUUUUCUGUGAAUAGGUUUCAGAAAGCACUGUUAAACAUGAGAAAUAGAAACGAUGCAUGCGUGCCAAGUCUUGACAGUAAGGUUUGACAGUGACGAGAGUCAUGUAAGUCCGCCACAGGACUGAGUGACUAGAGACUACUACCCCCCCCCCCCCCCAUUCAUAUCCCAUAUCUCUCUUGACCCCGUCUCGUUCUCUUAUAUCCUAUCUCUAUCACAUAUUGCGUUCAUCUGAAUCCUAAUCAUGUCUCCUCUCCCCCAUCUUCCCAUCCAGAGAGUAUGUUGAGGACGGCCAGUAGUCCAGACAGCCUGCGCUCCCGCACCCCCAUGAUCACGCCCGACCUGGAGAGUGGCACCAAGCUGUGGCACCUGGUCAAGAACCACGACCACUCGGACCAGCGUGAGGGUGACCGCGGCAGCAAGAUGGUUUCUGAGAUCUACCUGACCCGCCUGCUCGCAACCAAGGUAAAACAAAGUUAGACACUUUUCAGCUCUACAGUAUUGCAGUGCUCACACACACACAGGCUGACAGGUAGGCAGGCAGGGUGAUUGGUUGAGCCUUCUUGGGUGCGUGACAAAACACAAAACAAUGGCAGACAAUUUCUAUCCCCUCGGAUCUAAAACUAAUUGUAACCACCAACUUCAAUUACUAAUAUUCCCACACCCCAAUAACAUUGUCGCCGAGGAGGACUUGUUAGCUAGCUACAGGGUUUGAACUACCUCAGCCGUUUUCUUAUAAAAACAGUACAGCUAGUAAAGCUAGCUAGCUAACUUUAGCUAUGCUGCGUCUAGGCUCUGGAGCUCAUGGGCACAUAGACAUGUCACAUAGGCUUCAGGAGACAGCUGGUUAGAUAUGAUUCCACCAUUGGCAACAACAACUGGCUACUAGUUUGUUUUCAGCCAAAUAUGUUCAACUCAUAGCGAGUUUAUCCACCACAUUUAGUAAGAUAGCUACUGACUGAAACGUAGCUAGCUAGCAUGCUGAAUCACACUAGGGAUUAAUAUUUUCCUGAAAAUCUACAGAGUUUCAAUACCGGGAAUAAUUCAUAUUUGUCCCGGGAAAUACCGCAAAAAUCAGAAGUACCCAUUUCAUGCAUUUAAAACCAAGAUAGGGUUACUCAGGGUUCUCCCAAAAUAAGAUUGUUGAUGCGCCACAUUGCCGUUUUGGCUGCGCCGCUAUGUAAAGAUUCUACAGCAAGGGAAACUGAUAUUUAGUAAUGAUAGAAUAACUUUGAUCGCCAAUGACAUUGUUGUGAAUUGCGAAACAGGCCAUUCAUAAAUUCAGAGCGUUAUCAUGUUCUUCAAUUAAUUCAGCGCAUUCCAGCAGUAGGCUCGACACAGAGCACUCUCAGGACGCACAGAGCGCACCCUGAGUAGGCCAUAGCGUUGUCGAAUCAUACAACCUUUGUAACGGCAGUCAAACGAAAGCCAAUGACCGAAGUUGCUAAGCUUGCUAGAUAACCUCCAACGAAUGACAGAAUAUCUCCUAUUUGGCAAAAUUAAGUUGAUGAUUAUACAGAUAGCAGAUCAGCUCAUGAAUAAUGGGGAGAUGAAGAGUGGAAAUUGUUUUAAUAGCAAGGUGGGGACCAACUCUGCAACAAACAAAAAAAUCCAUAUCUACUCAUACCGUUUCUUGAGCACACAUUCUCUACCGAAGCUCUCAUAUGGGCAGCAAUAUGAGACAGUGCAGAGAAGCGGGGGAAAUCUUUUGCCGGUAUUUUGACAUGCAUAGGCGAGACGUGUUUUUAUAACGCAACCUAAGGAUUACAGAAUAAAGUUAGGAAUUUUCAUGCGAGACAGGAGUCAGGAUUUUUGGUUUCUGUGGGAUUGGGACAAUAGGAAAAUAGCCUAGGCUCUAUGUAAGGCUAUAUAGAGGCCCUAGGCUCAACACCGGUUUAAAUCAAUGUACUGGGAUCACGGUUACCCAUGUUAAUCCCUAGCUAGCCAACUAAUCAUGGAUUUCUUAUUCUUUGAUACAUUUUGGUCAACUUGCUCAUAUCAAGCAACAGACAGUUUGUGGAAAGGUCAAAAUAACAACUAGUGGACAAGUUUUCUGAAUGAUCGGACAGUGAAACUAAAAUAUAUUGGUAGCUAGCUGGUGAGGCUUUCAUUUAUUUCACAAUUAAUGAUGCUGAGGCUGGGUUUCCCAAGUCGUUCGGUGCUUACUGCUAAUACCAGCGAGCAAGCUUAACAGACGGCUCUGCAGCGCGUUUGUGUGAUUUUUCACACCCAAGGCUCAUCCAAUCACCCGACGUAACUCAGGAAUAUUAAUGACUUUGCCUCCAGCUAUCCUACGAAAGGAGGAUAGCUCCUCCAAUAAAGAAAAACAACACCCACCAUCCCACUGUCCAAGCUCAAACCGCUUUCCUCCGACAGCCAGCUCUCUCAUUGACCUUUGUUUCCCCGGCGACUGGCUCAGAGGCUCAUUAACACUUUUCAUAACCUUUUGCAUGAGGAGGUGCAGCUCCCAAACGCUACGUUGUGUCUUAAUUAGCAGCCUGACCUUUGGCUAUUGAGCUGUUUGGUGUUAGCUGGAAUCGGGUCCCAAUCGAGAGGGGGGGGGGGGAUUUCUCCUAGGACCUAGACCAUUUUAUUGGUACCCUCAAGGCAGUGUUUGAAUUGAUUAAUGGGGGGGUUCAUAUUUUUGUUCUAGCCCAGCUCUAAAACACACCUUGGUUGAGUCAAGGGCUUCGAGAUCAGUUAUUUUGUGUUUGUGCUGGGCUAGAACAAAAAUGUGCAUUCCUUCAAGUCAUCCGGGCCCAGGUUUGCUGUCCAGAGUUGCGUUCAGAAGGGUGCAACGUACCGAACAUUCCAGAUGGAAAUGUCUCUUAUUUCUAUCUGAUCGUUCCACAACGUGAAUGCAGCCCAGACCAUUUUGUUAUGAGACUGGUGCUAGUGACACUAGUAUUAAGUACUAGAGCCGGUGUUAUGCUAUUAACCGACAGUCUGUUACUUUCUGCUCCUCCAUGCCUUGUUGGUAGCAGAUCAUCUACCAGGCGCAGGAUGCCCCACAAUACUAUGCACUAAUUUUCAGGCGCUAACAACGUUAAGGCAUUUUUGCUCACCCUUGCAAUUUCUCUCCCUCGUUGUUUUCUCAUUAUCUUGUGAUUUCCAUUGUUACUUCAGGUAGAAAGGUGCAAGGUUAGGAAUUCGGGGGUUGGAGAGUUUUUAAUCAUUAACACAAGUGGGAGGACAAAAGGAGACUUGGCCAAGUGUAGUUUCUUCUUAUUGUAAUAGUGCCUGAUUCUUUCGAUUCUUCCCAAAAGUGCAAUAAUCCCCAAAGUGCACACCCUGCCCAUCUGGCGCUCUAAGCAGCCUCAAUCAAAUGAAAGAAAACCAAUACUAUUUUCACCCAGGUCUGUGAUUCAUCUCUCCUAACCCCUCCGGCUUCCUUCUCGUCUCCCCAGGGUACGUUGCAGAAGUUUGUGGACGACCUGUUUGAGACUAUCUUCAGCACGGCCCACCGAGGCAGCGCCCUGCCUCUCGCCAUCAAGUACAUGUUUGACUUCCUGGACGAGCAGGCCGACAAGCACUCCAUUUCCGACUCAGACGUACGGCAUACGUGGAAGAGCAACUGGUGAGUGGGUCAGGGCAUUUUGUGCAUGUGUGUUGGGUGUGUGUGAGACCGAGGGAGAAAGAGCAAGUGUGUGUGAGGCAGGUUGUCUAAGAGAGCGUUUGUGAUGGUGUGCGAGAGAGGUUGGGUAAUAGUGUUUUCCUUGCAGUGUUUAGGGGUGAGUGUUAGGGACAGAGGAGGCUGGUGGGAGGAGCUAUAGAAGGAUGGGCUAUUUGUAAUGGCUGGAAUGGAACAUCAAACAUAUGGAAACCACAUGUUCGACUCCAUUCCAUUUACGCCAUUCCAGCCAUUACAAUGAGCCCAUCCUCCUAUAGUUCGUCCCACCAGCCUCCUCUGUUUAGGGAGAAUGUGUCAGUGCUUUUCUUAGAGUAUGUGCAAUAAGGUGGAGAGUGAGACUGAGAUGAACUCAAAUGUGUUCUCUCUGUCUUUCCCUCUCCUCCCCAGUCUUCCUCUGAGGUUCUGGGUGAACGUGAUCAAGAACCCCCAGUUUGUGUUUGACAUCCACAAGAACAGCAUCACAGACGCCUGUCUGUCUGUGGUGGCCCAGACCUUCAUGGACUCCUGCUCCACCUCAGAACACAAGCUCGGCAAAGACUCACCCUCCAACAAGCUGCUCUACGCUAAAGACAUUCCCAACUACAAAAACUGGGUGGAACGGUACGGCUAGUAGCUUAGUAAUGCACCUGGCAGGCAUUUUGGAUCAGGUUGAAAAUGAGGCACUUAAAUUCACUUGGUUUCAGUUGGAUUAAAACAUGUUUUAUCCUCAUUUCAAAACAUUUGAUGCAUCAUAUGUUAUAUCAUACUGUAUGAAAGAGGAAUGUGCACCCUUCAACAUAAGGUAUUUUGUAACUGUGUCUACCUGGUGUUGAUAGGGUUAAUGGUAAGCACCUCGAUGACUGAUUUGGUCUUUUGAUCCUCUCUCCUAUCCCUUAUUUUUUGUAGUCCCCUUUCCCUCGCUGUCUCUCCCUUCUUUCUUUUUUUCUCCUUUAAUCACCCUCCUUUAAUGCCAUUGUCUCUCUCAGGUACUAUUCAGACAUCUCGCGGAUGCCCGUCAUCAGUGACCAGGAUAUGAGUGCGUACCUGGCGGAGCAGUCGCGGCUCCACCUCAGCCAGUUCAACAGCAUGAGCGCCCUGCACGAGAUCUACUCCUACAUAGUCAAGUACAAGGAUGAGGUGAGGACAAUGUCCGCCUUUUUAAAAUCCUUUAUUUACAAAGGAUUGCACCCUACUUUGGAAUAUACAAUGGCUUGCGAAAGUAUUCACCCCUCUUGGCAUUUUUCAUAUUUUUUUGCCUUACAACCUGGAAUUAAAAUUGAUUUUUGGGGGGGGUUGUAUCAUUUGAUUUACACAACAUGCCUACCACUUUGAAGAUGCAAAAUAUUUUUUAUUGUGAAACAAACAAGAAAUAAGAGAAAAAAACAGAACUUGAGCGUGAAUAACUAUUCACCCCCCCAAAGUCAAUUAUUUGUAGAGACACCUUUUGCAGCAAUUACAGCUGCAAGUCUCUUGGGGUAUGUCUCUAUAAGUUUGGCACAUCUAGCCACUGGGAUCUUUGCCCAUUCUUCAAGGCAAAACUGCUCCAGCUCCUUCAAGUUGGAUGGGUUCCACUGGUGUACAGCAAUCUUAAAGUCAUACCACAGAUUCUCAAUUAGAUUGAGGUCUGGGCUUUGACGAGGCCAUUCCAUGACAUUUAAAUGUUUCCCUUAAAACCACUCGAGUGUUGCUUUAGCAGUAUGCUUAGGGUCAUUGUCCUGCUGGAAGGUGAACCUCCGUGCCAGUCUCAAAUCUCUGGAAGACUGAAACAGGUUUCCCUCAAGAAUUUCCCUGUAUUUAGCGCCAUCCAUCAUUCCUUCAAUUCUGACCAGUUUCCCAGUUCCUGCCGAUGAAAAACAUCCCCACAGCAUGAUGCUGCCACCACCAUGCUUCACUGUGGGGAUGGUGUUCUCGGGGUGAUGAGGGGUGUUGAGUUUGCGCCAGACAUAGCGUUUUCCUUGAUGGCCAAAAAGCUCAAUUUUAGUCUCAUCUGACCAGAGUACCUUCUUCCAUAUGUUUGUCUCCCACAUGCCUUUUGGCGAACAUCAAACGUGUUUGCUUAUUUUUUUCUUUAAUCAAUGGCUUUUUUUCUGGCCACUCUUCUGUAAAGCCCAGCUCUGUGGAGUGUACGGCUUAAAGUGGUCCUAUGGGCAGAUACUCCAAUCUCCGCUGUGGAGCUUUGCAGCUCCUUCAGGGUUAUCUUUGGUCUCUUUGUUGCCUCUCUGAUUAAUGCCCUCCUUGCCUGGUCCGUGAGUUUUGGUGGGCGGCCCUCUCUUGGCAGGUUUGUUGUGGUGCCAUAUUCUUUCAAUUUUUUUAUAAUGGAUAUAAUGGUGCUCCGUGGGAUGUUCAAAGUUUCUGAUAUUUUUUUAUAACCCAACCCUGAUCUGUACUUCUCCACAACUUUGUCCCUGACCUGUUUGGAGAGCUCCUUGGUCUUCAUGGUGCCGCUUGCUUGGUGGUGCCCCUUGCUUAGUGGGGUUGCAGACUCUAGGGCCUUUCAGAACAGGUGUAUAUAUACUGAGAUCAUGUGACACUUAGAUUGCACACAGGUGGACUUUAUUUAACUAAUUAUGUGACUUCUGAAGGUAAUUGGUUGCACCAGAUCUUAUUUAGGGGCUUCAUAGCAAAGGGGGUGAAUACAUAAGCACGCACCACUUUUCUGUUAUACAUUUUUUUAAUUUCACUUCACCAAUUUUGACUAUUUUGUUUAUGUCCAUUACAUGAAAUCCAAAUAAAAAUCAAUUUAAAUUACAGGUUGUAAUGCAACAAAAUAGGAAAAACGCCAAGGGGGGAUGAAUACUUUUGCAAGGCACUGUAUCACUUUGAGAAACUGCUCAGUUGUCGCUCUCAACUACUGCCUUUGUAAAAUUAAUGUGAUGGUUUCUCAUUGUUCUUCUCCUCCCUCCCUUCUCUCUCUCUCUCUCUCUCUCCAUCCCUCCCCCUUUGCCUCUUUCCUUCUCUUUCUUCAUCUUAUCUCUCUCCCCUCUAUCUCUCUCUUUGUCCAUCCUCAGAUCCUGUCGGCUCUGGAGAGGGACGAGCAGUCGCGGAGGCAGAGACUCAGGAGCAAGCUGGAGCAGGUCAUUGACACAAUGGCCUUGGCCAGCUGA